UGAGCGCUUUUCGCCGUGUACACACCGGGUAUUGGCACUGCUAACCACGAGUUCUCUGUACGGUCUGUGAUUCUUGUCUGCGUUACCUGAUCAUUCUAUACUCAAAAGUAUACCUUAAGUGGUCAGUUGAUUCUUUAAAAAAAGUAUUUUGUUGAAGAGAAAACUAACUUCUGAUCAGAAGAAGGAGACUUGUCCGGCCGUUUAAGGCAGGCCUUAUAUAAGGUCUUAGGGCAAGAGACACACCCUUUUUUUUCUUCCUAAUUCACAAAGGAUGUCUGUGAAAGAAUCGAAAGAUUUGUGGAAGAAAGUUCAUGUGCAUUAUUUUAACUUACGACAGUCACAAGCACAGACCUAAGGACUAGGACACUUGGUGCCCUCGCAACAGAGGACCAAGACAACACACACACACACACGAGAGGAGGAUGUCGGAACCAGUCAUAGAAGAGGUGGUAGCGGUGCCAUCUCGCCUGGUCGACAGGAUCGUAGGUGAGGACGGGGCGGGGCUGGAACGGGUCUCCAGGUACUCAGGUACCAAGGUGUGCCUGGAAUCUUCCAUGGACGUCAGGGGAGAGCAGAGUUACCUGGUCAUCUCUGGUCAACGCAGGCAGAUCAAUUUAGCCAAGAAACUGUUGAACGACUCCAUUAUGGAGGUCAGAAUGUCACCCACUAGAUGGGACCAGAGGUCAGGGUCAGGGUCACCACUGCCGUCACAGCUGAAGCCGUGGCGAAGCAAGGAGUCCGAGACGUCUGCACAUUCCACGCGCACGGACGUCGCAGAAGAGAGCACCCAGGUCAAGGAAGACUCGAGACACGUGAAGAAGCUGGCGUCUUUUCACGAAAGACAAGAGAGCAUAACCCAGAGUUUGCAAGCCGAAUUCAUGCGACCACCUCCAUCCCCCGAACCGCCGCCCGAGCAGUUACCCCAAGAAGACGAACAAUGGGCUAAUGAAUACAGCUGGGCUUGGGCUUUUAACAAAGACCAAGAAGAACUACGGGAGGAGGAAGAAAAGAACAAGGAGUUUCUUAAACAGUGGAUGAGUGACAUCAUCCACGCACCCAUAGCCGAUCAGCUGCUGAGCGAGGAAGUCUCGACCGAGUCACUCGCUGAGAAAAUAGAUGAGCUGGUUCGUGGCGAGGAAGGAGAUCCUGUCGACGAACAAGAAUGGCGCAACAAGCCUGCCUUUAGGGAAAUGGAACGUGAUUCAAAUGUUUCGAAUCUUAAUCAGUCAGGAAAAGCACUAACAUCACCAGAAAUAACAAAACCAAUGACGACUACAAAAACAAGAGAAGAGUUUAAAAAAGAAGGUGGACAUUUCACCGAAACCACAAGUGCCCAGACCAAAGAGCUUUCACUUCAAUCGACCCAAUCCUUCAAGGAAAAAACCCACAAGCAUCGUAUGGAAUUGGAUGCACAUAGACGAGUGAAGAUACGGAAGCAAGAUAAUGUAACGGACAUUACGAGAGACCAAGGCUAUAACACUGACCACUAUGCACUUUCCCCGGAACGAUGUGACGGGGCCUCGGCACUUUUAUCUCCCGGCUGUGAUACGGACAUGUCAGCAAGUGAUGAUACAGGCAUGUAUAACUCCACAUCAUCUGAACUGGACUCGGAACUAUUCCAAAGUUCUGAUGCGCUUUCCUCGUCAGAGACCAUGUCGGUAGAGGAAGACGGCGAUAACACCGAUGAAGGCGGAGACAGUGAUAGUUUUAAUGAAGUUUUAGACAACAGACAGCUGAGCACUACUAUGGAGAUGACCAACGCAAUGCAGACCAACCCCAUUCCAAACACCGAUUCCGAUUAUGAUAAUGCAACGCCUGUUUAUGGAACUCCAGUCAAUCAGAGCUUUGAGCAGAGACAGUACGAGUUCUAUCAAAGUCUUGAGAACACCGAUAAUUCCUCACUAAUCGAACACAGACCACUCGAUAACGAAAUUAAAAAGAAGUCAUCAGCCAAUGAGCUGAGUACUUCUGUUGACGACCUGUACAUGUACCCACAAAGCCAGUCUCCUCCAAGCAGAUCUAUUGAGUCAGAUCUCAGUUCUUCCGUCGAUGACCUUAGUAGAAUUUCCUCAGACACAGAAAGUCCACUGCGUCUUAGAUACAGAGGCGGCAACCCCCGGUCUUCCAGAUACCAUUCUAAUCCAGAAAGCACAAAGGACGCGCUGGAACAGUUUGGUGCACAUGGCUUUGACAAUGCUAGCAUCCACGGAGAAUACAGCUCCUCAGUUGAUGAUAUAACAAUCUCACCUCCACCAUUAAGCAUUAGCUGCUCUGAUGACGAUUUUAUCAAAACGUGUUCAAGGCAGUACUCUAUUUAUAAAAGAAGAAUAGAUUUAAGUAAGUUCAGCAGUUCCGUCGACAAUAUGACAUGCAGCGCCGAAGAACGCAUUGCAGCACAAGGACCACAUUUAACCAGGGGCAGCCCGUUCUUGUUUGGUAAACCACCAGACAGAAUCAGCACACCAGUAGAUGACACUGAUGCUUUGGAUGAUGCCUUUAUCUCACCAUCUAAUUCAGAAUCAGAACGAUUAGAGAGGCUCGCGAAAAAGAACAACACCGGGUCUUUAAGUUUAUCUGAAACAUCUGACUAUGAUCAUGAAUUUUCAAUACCAAAAAGCAAAAGCUUACCAACUGAGCUGAGCAUCAGCAUUUCAAACAGCUUUGCAGAAAACACGACAGACGAGAUAACCGUACUGGAUACAAUUGUUGAAAAUGAUUCAAAUAAUGAAGACAUUUACCCAGAAUUGACAGAAACUACCCGAUUUGAGAGCUCGGCAAAUGAAGAAACCGAGAGUUGCUCGCCAAUUAAGCUGCUGCAUAGGUUUGAAUCAUCUGAAAGUGCCUCCACAGAAAAUACGUCCAAACACAUUACCAACACAGUGCCUUUUGAAGUGAGUACCAAUGGUGAGACAUUAUCUCAGGAACCACAAAACGCCUUCCAGACAAACGAUUUGAUUCUAAACAAAUCACAAUCGAACCAAUCAUUCCCACUUGACCAAACACUAUCCGUCGAAGAAAGUAAUCUGGAGACCAAACCACUUACAUCGGACGGGGAGAUGUCGAAAACUGAUGAUGGCCAAACAUUCAAUGAAAAUACAAUGUCUACAAGACUGGAUGUUAGCCAAAGAGAAACCAGAUCUGACUUAUCAAUAGUUACUGCUGAUUCUGGCUUUUUAAUAGACGCAUUACAUGAUGAAAAUAGUAUUGCCGUAACAACCUCAGAACAAACGCAACCCACGUUGCCAAUCGCAACAGAAGAUGUAUUUGUCAGUGAUACUAGCUGUCUAAAGAUGACUGAACAAGAACUACCACUUGAAACGACAAUACUCGAUGAGGAUAGAGAUUAUACGUUAAGUGAACAAACUUCCAUACAAGAAACACAAAAUGUAUCUAGCAACACAGAACCGUCCAGUCACCACACAUUCCACGAUCAACUGCCCACAGACCAAAGUGGUCAAAGCGAUGAUAUUAACACGUUUAUAGAGGACCAACGCCUAACUUACGAGGGAGUUCUUGACGAAAAAACCCAAGAAAAUUCUAUUGGCGAUCAAAACAAAGAUAGUGUUUUUAGAGAACUAAGCCACGACAAGACACCUAUAGACAACGAAAACGUUGGAAACAAAGGUACAGACGAGUCUCUGCUACACGUUUUAGAAACAAAGAGACAUAAUGACAAUACGAAGAUAAAAGAAGAAGCAGUCGAUAACUUGCCAGGAAACAAAGUCCCUACACGCUCUUCCCUUGCUCAGAAAUACGAACACCUGGUCAAUGAAACCUACAUGGAGUUUUUAUCCGAAUCUGAUAUGGGUCUCAUAACAAUGGAUACAACUUUCAGCGACCAGUAUGAAGACUCACUAAAAGAAAUGAUGAUGUACAGUUCUGAAGAUCAACAGAGCAUAGUAUCGGCAGACUCGACAUUCGAUUUAGAAAGCUCAGCAUCUACUAACAGCAGUGUCAUCACUGUUAUCAGCCGAAAUCCGGAGGAGUAUUUAGAAGAGUAUGAAGGGAAAGAUACUCCAUUACUUAUAAUCUCAAGUGAAAAGAAAACUGAAGGCUUCCUGGUUGAUGAAGAUGAUUUGCUUAUAACACAAGACCAAGUAGAAAAGACAGAAUUCGACAAAGUGGGAUCAAAAGAAUUCGAUCAUGGACUAAUCGACCUCCGUGAAAAAAAAUCGAAAACAUUAAUAGACGCUGAAUCAGCAGAGGUAAAAAACAAAUGCUGCGAAGAAGAAAAAGAAGAUGAAACAUUACAUCUAUCCGAAAAUGAGAAGCCCGAUUCGACGUUAGCAAACACAAAUGAAGCUUCAUCAGAAAAACCAUCGUCUCUGAGUUCAAGUUUCUCUCAGAAUGGAAAAGAGAUCCAGAGCUUUGAUGAUUCAAUUAGUGAUGAAAACAUUCAAAGUACAGAACAAGAAUACUCUAGCGACGUAGAAAGACACUUUGUAUCAGCGACAAAGGGAUAUUUAGAAGAUGAAGAAGAUUGUCAGCUUAAGCAGCAGCAUUUUUAUGUUCGACUUCUCUCAUCACCAAGAGACCCAAUAAUGAAAUAUACCACAGAUUCCAUUGUUUUAAAGGACUUUUUAGAAAACGACGAAAGACCAGCAGUAUUCACUAAAACAUUAGCGUUGCUAGCUAGAAAAAAGAAGAUCCGUCACAACGUCUAUACAGAAGCAGUGAUUCGUUUUCAUCCACCAAGACGUGAAGCAAUUUUUCACAUACAGGCGCAUACUGAUCCUAAAAACUAUAUUCAACUACAUGAAGAAAAAAUCCAAAUACACAUUCCAAAUGACGAAACUACAAACAUUGAAUCGAUUCAAUCUGACAAUAUUAUUAAUUUAGCUGAUAAUAUUGUCAAAGAAAUUAUGAAAGAAAUGACUGAUGAUAUUUUAGAGAAUAAAAAAGAAAAUAAGAUCUUAUCAACAACGUCCAGCGAUGAACGUAGAGAAGAAGAAGAAAUAGCACCUGAAGAAAGUGCUGACCAACUCAUAGAGGAAACCACACAAGCAGAAACACAACAAGAACAAGAGAUCCUUGUUGAUUCCCAAACCACUGAGCUCACUGAUGAAAGUUUCUCACAGGAGGUGAAAGACACUCCAGAUACCUAUAUUCCAGAAUCACAAUCGACUGCAUCAGAUGUCAUUGAGGCUCAAAUCUUUGACGCAGACAGCUGCAAUCUCAUGGACAGACCAUCCAGCCCUGAAGCUGUUGACGAUGAAUGGAUUAAACCAAUCUUGCAGAAAAACGCUGAAGAGCUGCCAGCAACUCAAGACGACAGUCCAGUCGAAUUGCCAGAAUUCCACGAGAGCUUUUCUGAAGUCAAUGACAUUGAAUUAGCAGAAGAAGUACAAGACAGCUUGCCUGUCUGUGAAGAUAAAGAAGAAGAAGAAAUAGCACCUGAAGAAAGUGCUGACCAACUCAUAGAGGAAACCACACAAGCAGAAACACAACAAGAACAAGAGAUCCUUGUUGAUUCCCAAACCACUGAGCUCACUGAUGAAAGUUUCUCACAGGAGGUGGAAGACACUCCAGAUACCUAUAUUCCAGAAUCACAAUCGACUGCAUCAGAUGUCAUUGAGGCUCAAAUCUUUGACGCAGACAGCUGCAAUCUCAUGGACAGACCAUCCAGCCCUGAAGCUGUUGACGAUGAAUGGAUUAAACCAAUCUUGCAGAAAAAUGCUGAAGAGCUGCCAGCAACUCAAGACGACAGUCCAGUCGAAUUGUCAGAAUUCCACGAGAGCUUUUCUGAAGUCAAUGACAUUGAAUUAGCAGAAGAAGUACAAGACAGCUUGCCUGUCUGUGAAGAUAAAGAAGGAGAAGAAAUAGCACCUGAAGAAAGUGCUGACCAACUCAUAGAGGAAACCAAACAAGCAGAAACACAACAAGAACAAGAGAUCCUUGUUGAUUCCCAAACCACUGAGCUCACUGAUGAAAGUUUUUCACAGGAGGUGGAAGACACUCCAGAUACCUAUAUUCCAGAAUCACAAUCGACUGCAUCAGAUGUCAUCGAGGCUCAAAUCUUUGACGCAGACAGCUGCAAUCUUAUGGAAAGACCAUCCAGCCCUGAAGCUGUUGACGAUGAAUGGAUUAAACCAAUCUUUCAGAAAAACGCUGAAGAGCUGCCAGCAACUCAAGACGACAGUCCAGUCGAAUUGCCAGAAUUCCACGAGAGCUUUUCUGAAGUCAAUGACAUUGAAUUAGCAGAAGAAGUACAAGACAGCUUGCCUGUCUGUGAAGAUAAAGAAGGAGAAGAAAUAGCACCUGAAGAAAGUGCUGACCAACUCAUAGAGGAAACCAAACAAGCAGAAACACAACAAGAACAAGAGAUCCUUGUUGAUUCCCAAACCACUGAGCUCACUGAUGAAAGUUUCUCACAGGAGGUGGAAGACACUCCAGAUACCUAUAUUCCAGAAUCACAAUCGACUGCAUCAGAUGUCAUUGAGGCUCAAAUCUUUGACGCAGACAGCUGCAAUCUCAUGGACAGACCAUCCAGCCCUGAAGCUGUUGACGAUGAAUGGAUUAAACCAAUCUUGCAGAAAAACGCUGAAGAGCUGCCAGCAACUCAAGACGACAGUCCAGUCGAAUUGCCAGAAUUCCACGAGAGAUUUUCUGAAGUCAAUGACAUUGAAUUAGCAGAAGAAGUACAAGACAGCUUGCCUGUCUGUGAAGAUAAAGAAGAAGAAGAAAUAGCACCUGAAGAAAGUGCUGACCAACUCAUAGAGGAAACCACACAAGCAGAAACACAACAAGAACAAGAGAUCCUUGUUGAUUCCCAAACCACUGAGCUCACUGAUGAAAGUUUCUCACAGGAGGUGAAAGACACUCCAGAUACCUAUAUUCCAGAAUCACAAUCGACUGCAUCAGAUGUCAUUGAGGCUCAAAUCUUUGACGCAGACAGCUGCAAUCUCAUGGACAGACCAUCCAGCCCUGAAGCUGUUGACGAUGAAUGGAUUAAACCAAUCUUGCAGAAAAACGCUGAAGAGCUGCCAGCAACUCAAGACGACAGUCCAGUCGAAUUGCCAGAAUUCCACGAGAGCUUUUCUGAAGUCAAUGACAUUGAAUUAGCAGAAGAAGUACAAGACAGCUUGCCUGAGGUGGAAGACACUCCAGAUACCUAUAUUCCAGAAUCACAAUCGACUGCAUCAGAUGUCAUUGAGGCUCAAAUCUUUGACGCAGACAGCUCCGAUCUCAUGGUCAGACCAUCCAGCCCUGAAGCUGUUGACGAUGAAUGGAUUAAACCAAUCUGGCAGAAAAACGCCGAAGAGCUGCCAGCAACUCAAGACAGCAGUCCAGUCGAAUUGCCAGAAUUCCACGAGAGCUUUUCUGAAGUCAAUGACAUUGAAUUAGCAGAAGAAGUACAAGACAGCUUGCCUGUCUGUGAAGAUAAAGAAGAAGAAGAAAAAAUAGCACUUGAACAAAGUGCUGACCAACUCAUAGAGGAAACCACACAAGCAGAAACACAACAAGAACAAGAGAUCCUUGUUGAUUCCCAAACCACUGAGCUCACUGAUGAAAGUUUCUCACAGGAGGUGGAAGACACUCCAGAUACCUAUAUUCAAGAAUCACAAUCAACUGCAUCAGAUGUCAUUGAGGCUCAAAUCUUUGACAAAGACAGCUCCGAUCUCAUGGUCAGACCAUCCAGCCCUGAAGCUGUUGACGAUGAAUGGAUUAAACCAAUCUGGCAGAAAAACGCCGAAGAGCUGCCAGCAACUCAAGACGACAGUCCAGUCGAAUUGCCAGAAUUCCACGAGAGCUUUUCUGAAGUCAAUGACAUUGAAUUAGCAGAAGAAGUACAAGACAGCUUGCCUGUCUGUGAAGAUAAAGAAGAAGAAGAAAUAGCACCUGAAGAAAGUGCUGACCAACUCAUAGAGGAAACCACAGAAGCAGAAACACAACAAGAACAAGAGAUCCUUGUUGAUUCCCAAACCACUGAGCUCACUGAUGAAAGUUUCUCACAGGAGGUGGAAGACACUCCAGAUACCUAUAUUCCAGAAUCACAAUCGACUGCAUCAGAUGUCAUCGAGGCUCAAAUCUUUGACGCAGACAGCUGCAAUCUCAUGUUCAGACCAUCCAGCCCUGAAGCUGUUGACGAUGAAUGGAUUAAACCAAUCUUGCAGAAAAACGCUGAAGAGCUGCCAGCAACUCAAGACGACAGUCCAGUCGAAUUGCCAGAAUUCCACGAGAGCUUUUCUGAAGUCAAUGACAUUGAAUUAGCAGAAGAAGUACAAGACAGCUUGCCUGAGGUGGAAGACACUCCAGAUACCUAUAUUCCAGAAUCACAAUCGACUGCAUCAGAUGUCAUUGAGGCUCAAAUCUUUGACGCAGACAGCUCCGAUCUCAUGGUCAGACCAUCCAGCCCUGAAGCUGUUGACGAUGAAUGGAUUAAACCAAUCUGGCAGAAAAACGCCGAAGAGCUGCCAGCAACUCAAGACGACAGUCCAGUCGAAUUGCCAGAAUUCCACGAGAGCUUUUCUGAAGUCAAUGACAUUGAAUUAGCAGAAGAAGUACAAGACAGCUUGCCUGUCUGUGAAGAUAAAGAAGAAGAAGAAAUAGCACCUGAAGAAAGUGCUGACCAACUCAUAGAGGAAACCACAGAAGCAGAAACACAACAAGAACAAGAGAUCCUUGUUGAUUCCCAAACCACUGAGCUCACUGAUGAAAGUUUCUCACAGGAGGUGGAAGACACUCCAGAUACCUAUAUUCCAGAAUCACAAUCGACUGCAUUAGAUGUCAUUGAGGCUCAAAUCUUUGACGCAGACAGCUGCAAUCUCAUGUUCAGACCAUCCAGCCCUGAAGCUGUUGACGAUGAAUGGAUUAAACCAAUCUUGCAGAAAAACGCUGAAGAGCUGCCAGCAACUCAAGACGACAGUCCAGUCGAAUUGCCAGAAUUCCACGAGAGCUUUUCUGAAGUCAAUGACAUUGAAUUAGCAGAAGAAGAGGUGGAAGACACUCCAGAUACCUAUAUUCCAGAAUCACAAUCGACUGCAUCAGAUGUCAUUGGGGCUCAAAUCUUUGACGCAGACAGCUGCAAUCUCAAGGUCAGACCAUCCAGCCCUGAAGCUGUUGACGAUGAAUGGAUUAAACAAAUCUUGCAGAAAAACGCCGAAGAGCUGCCAGCAACUCAAGACGACAGUCCAGUCGAAUUGCCAGAAUUCCACGAGAGCUUUUCUGAAGUCAAUGACAUUGAAUUAGCAGAAGAAGUACAAGACAGCUUGCCUGAGGUGGAAGACACUCCAGAUACCUAUAUUCCAGAAUCACAAUCGACUGCAUCAGAUGUCAUCGAGGCUCAAAUCUUUGACGCAGACAGCUGCAAUCUCAUGUUCACACCAUCCAGCCCUGAAGCUGUUGACGAUGAAUGGAUUAAACCAAUCUGGCAGAAAAACGCCGAAGAGCUGCCAGCAACUCAAGACGACAGUCCAGUCGAAUUGCCAGAAUUCCACGAGAGCUUUUCUGAAGUCAAUGACAUUGAAUUAGCAGAAGAAGUACAAGACAGCUUGCCUGUCUGUGAAGAUAAAGAAGAAGAAGAAAUAGCACCUGAAGAAAGUGCUGACCAACUCAUAGAGGAAACCACAGAAGCAGAAACACAACAAGAACAAGAGAUCCUUGUUGAUUCCCAAACCACUGAGCUCACUGAUGAAAGUUUCUCACAGGAGGUGGAAGACACUCCAGAUACCUAUAUUCCAGAAUCACAAUCGACUGCAUCAGAUGUCAUCGAGGCUCAAAUCGUUGACGCAGACAGCUGCAAUCUCAUGUUCAGACCAUCCAGCCCUGAAGCUGUUGACGAUGAAUGGAUUAAACCAAUCUUGCAGAAAAACGCUGAAGAGCUGCCAGCAACUCAAGACGACAGUCCAGUCGAAUUGCCAGAAUUCCACGAGAGCUUUUCUGAAGUCAAUGACAUUGAAUUAGCAGAAGAAGAGGUGGAAGACACUCCAGAUACCUAUAUUCCAGAAUCACAAUCGACUGCAUCAGAUGUCAUUGGGGCUCAAAUCUUUGACGCAGACAGCUGCAAUCUCAUGUUCAGACCAUCCAGCCCUGAAGCUGUUGACGAUGAAUGGAUUAAACCAAUCUUGCAGAAAAACGCUGAAGAGCUGCCAGCAACUCAAGACGACAGUCCAGUCGAAUUGCCAGAAUUCCACGAGAGCUUUUCUGAAGUCAAUGACAUUGAAUUAGCAGAAGAAGUACAAGACAGCUUGCCUGAGGUGGAAGACACUCCAGAUACCUAUAUUCCAGAAUCACAAUCGACUGCAUCAGAUGUCAUUGGGGCUCAAAUCUUUGACGCAGACAGCUGCAAUCUCAAGGUCAGACCAUCCAGCCCUGAAGCUGUUGACGAUGAAUGGAUUAAACAAAUCUUGCAGAAAAACGCCGAAGAGCUGCCAGCAACUCAAGACGACAGUCCAGUCGAAUUGCCAGAAUUCCACGAGAGCUUUUCUGAAGUCAAUGACAUUGAAUUAGCAGAAGAAGUACAAGACAGCUUGCCUGUCUGUGAAGAUAAAGAAGAAGAAGAAAUAGAACCUGAAGAAAGUGCUGACCAACUCAUAGAGGAAACCACACAAGCAGAAACACAACAAGAACAAGAGAUCCUUGUUGAUUCCCAAACCACUGAGCUCACUGAUGAAAGUUUCUCACAGGAGGUGGAAGACACUCCAGAUACCUAUAUUCCAGAAUCACAAUCGACUGCAUCAGAUGUCAUUGAGGCUCAAAUCUUUGACGCAGACAGCUGCAAUCUCAUGGACAGACCAUCCAGCCCUGAAGCUGUUAACGAUGAAUGGAUUAAACCAAUCUUGCAGAAAAACGCUGAAGAGCUGCCAGCAACUCAAGACGACAGUCCAGUCGAAUUGCCAGAAUUCCACGAGAGCUUUUCUGAAGUCAAUGACAUUGAAUUAGCAGAAGAAGAGGUGGAAGACACUCCAGAUAACUAUAUUCCAGAAUCACAAUCGACUGCAUCAGAUGUCAUUGAGGCUAAAAUCUUUGACGCAGACAGCUGCAAUCUCAUGGUCAGACCAUCCAGCCCUGAAGCUGUUGACGAUGAAUGGAUUAAACCAAUCUUGCAGAAAAACGCCGAAGAGCUGCCAGCAACUCAAGACGACAGUCCAGUCGAAUUGCCAGAAUUCCACGAGAGCUUUUCUGAAGUCAAUGACAUUGAAUUAGCAGAAGAAGUACAAGACAGCUUGCCUGUCUGUGAAGAUAAAGAAGAAGAAGAAAUAGCACCUGAAGAAAGUGCUGACCAACUCAUAGAGGAAACCACAGAAGCAGAAACACAACAAGAACAAGAGAUCCUUGUUGAUUCCCAAACCACUGAGCUCACUGAUGAAAGUUUCUCACAGGAGGUGGAAGACACUCCAGAUACCUAUAUUCCAGAAUCACAAUCGACUGCAUCAGAUGUCAUCGAGGCUCAAAUCUUUGACGCAGACAGCUGCAAUCUCAUGUUCAGACCAUCCAGCCCUGAAGCUGUUGACGAUGAAUGGAUUAAACCAAUCUUGCAGAAAAACGCUGAAGAGCUGCCAGCAACUCAAGACGACAGUCCAGUCGAAUUGCCAGAAUUCCACGAGAGCUUUUCUGAAGUCAAUGACAUUGAAUUAGCAGAAGAAGUACAAGACAGCUUGCCUGUCUGUGAAGAUAAAGAAGGAGAAGAAAUAGCACCUGAAGAAAGUGCUGACCAACUCAUAGAGGAAACCAAACAAGCAGAAACACAACAAGAACAAGAGAUCCUUGUUGAUUCCCAAACCACUGAGCUCACUGAUGAAAGUUUCUCACAGGAGGUGGAAGACACUCCAGAUACCUAUAUUCCAGAAUCACAAUCGACUGCAUCAGAUGUCAUUGAGGCUCAAAUCUUUGACGCAGACAGCUGCAAUCUCAUGGACAGACCAUCCAGCCCUGAAGCUGUUGACGAUGAAUGGAUUAAACCAAUCUUGCAGAAAAACGCUGAAGAGCUGCCAGCAACUCAAGACGACAGUCCAGUCGAAUUGCCAGAAUUCCACGAGAGAUUUUCUGAAGUCAAUGACAUUGAAUUAGCAGAAGAAGUACAAGACAGCUUGCCUGUCUGUGAAGAUAAAGAAGAAGAAGAAAUAGCACCUGAAGAAAGUGCUGACCAACUCAUAGAGGAAACCACACAAGCAGAAACACAACAAGAACAAGAGAUCCUUGUUGAUUCCCAAACCACUGAGCUCACUGAUGAAAGUUUCUCACAGGAGGUGAAAGACACUCCAGAUACCUAUAUUCCAGAAUCACAAUCGACUGCAUCAGAUGUCAUUGAGGCUCAAAUCUUUGACGCAGACAGCUGCAAUCUCAUGUUCAGACCAUCCAGCCCUGAAGCUGUUGACGAUGAAUGGAUUAAACCAAUCUUGCAGAAAAACGCUGAAGAGCUGCCAGCAACUCAAGACGACAGUCCAGUCGAAUUGCCAGAAUUCCACGAGAGCUUUUCUGAAGUCAAUGACAUUGAAUUAGCAGAAGAAGUACAAGACAGCUUGCCUGAGGUGGAAGACACUCCAGAUACCUAUAUUCCAGAAUCACAAUCGACUGCAUCAGAUGUCAUUGAGGCUCAAAUCUUUGACGCAGACAGCUCCGAUCUCAUGGUCAGACCAUCCAGCCCUGAAGCUGUUGACGAUGAAUGGAUUAAACCAAUCUGGCAGAAAAACGCCGAAGAGCUGCCAGCAACUCAAGACAGCAGUCCAGUCGAAUUGCCAGAAUUCCACGAGAGCUUUUCUGAAGUCAAUGACAUUGAAUUAGCAGAAGAAGUACAAGACAGCUUGCCUGUCUGUGAAGAUAAAGAAGAAGAAGAAAAAAUAGCACUUGAACAAAGUGCUGACCAACUCAUAGAGGAAACCACACAAGCAGAAACACAACAAAAACAAGAGAUCCUUGUUGAUUCCCAAACCACUGAGCUCACUGAUGAAAGUUUCUCACAGGAGGUGGAAGACACUCCAGAUACCUAUAUUCAAGAAUCACAAUCAACUGCAUCAGAUGUCAUUGAGGCUCAAAUCUUUGACAAAGACAGCUCCGAUCUCAUGGUCAGACCAUCCAGCCCUGAAGCUGUUGACGAUGAAUGGAUUAAACCAAUCUGGCAGAAAAACGCCGAAGAGCUGCCAGCAACUCAAGACGACAGUCCAGUCGAAUUGCCAGAAUUCCACGAGAGCUUUUCUGAAGUCAAUGACAUUGAAUUAGCAGAAGAAGUACAAGACAGCUUGCCUGUCUGUGAAGAUAAAGAAGAAGAAGAAAUAGCACCUGAAGAAAGUGCUGACCAACUCAUAGAGGAAACCACAGAAGCAGAAACACAACAAGAACAAGAGAUCCUUGUUGAUUCCCAAACCACUGAGCUCACUGAUGAAAGUUUCUCACAGGAGGUGGAAGACACUCCAGAUACCUAUAUUCCAGAAUCACAAUCGACUGCAUCAGAUGUCAUCGAGGCUCAAAUCUUUGACGCAGACAGCUGCAAUCUCAUGUUCAGACCAUCCAGCCCUGAAGCUGUUGACGAUGAAUGGAUUAAACCAAUCUUGCAGAAAAACGCUGAAGAGCUGCCAGCAACUCAAGACGACAGUCCAGUCGAAUUGCCAGAAUUCCACGAGAGCUUUUCUGAAGUCAAUGACAUUGAAUUAGCAGAAGAAGUACAAGACAGCUUUGCUGACCAACUCAUAGAGGAAACCACACAAGCAGAAACACAACAAGAACAAGAGAUCCUUGUUGAUUCCCAAACCACUGAGCUCACUGAUGAAAGUUUCUCACAGGAGGUGGAAGACACUCCAGAUACCUAUAUUCCAGAAUCACAAUCGACUGCAUCAGAUGUCAUUGAGGCUCAAAUCUUUGACGCAGACAGCUCCGAUCUCAUGGUCAGACCAUCCAGCCCUGAAGCUGUUAACGAUGAAUGGAUUAAACCAAUCUGGCAGAAAAACGCCGAAGAGCUGCCAGCAACUCAAGACGACAGUCCAGUCGAAUUGCCAGAAUUCCACGAGAGCUUUUCUGAAGUCAAUGACAUUGAAUUAGCAGAAGAAGUACAAGACAGCUUGCCUGUCUGUGAAGAUAAAGAAGAAGAAGAAAUAGCACCUGAAGAAAGUGCUGACCAACUCAUAGAGGAAACCACAGAAGCAGAAACACAACAAGAACAAGAGAUCCUUGUUGAUUCCCAAACCACUGAGCUCACUGAUGAAAGUUUCUCACAGGAGGUGGAAGACACUCCAGAUACCUAUAUUCCAGAAUCACAAUCGACUGCAUCAGAUGUCAUCGAGGCUCAAAUCGUUGACGCAGACAGCUGCAAUCUCAUGUUCAGACCAUCCAGCCCUGAAGCUGUUGACGAUGAAUGGAUUAAACCAAUCUUGCAGAAAAACGCUGAAGAGCUGCCAGCAACUCAAGACGACAGUCCAGUCGAAUUGCCAGAAUUCCACGAGAGCUUUUCUGAAGUCAAUGACAUUGAAUUAGCAGAAGAAGUACAAGACAGCUUGCCUGAGGUGGAAGACACUCCAGAUACCUAUAUUCCAGAAUCACAAUCGACUGCAUCAGAUGUCAUUGGGGCUCAAAUCUUUGACGCAGACAGCUGCAAUCUCAAGGUCAGACCAUCCAGCCCUGAAGCUGUUGACGAUGAAUGGAUUAAACAAAUCUUGCAGAAAAACGCCGAAGAGCUGCCAGCAACUCAAGACGACAGUCCAGUCGAAUUGCCAGAAUUCCACGAGAGCUUUUCUGAAGUCAAUGACAUUGAAUUAGCAGAAGAAGUACAAGACAGCUUGCCUGUCUGUGAAGAUAAAGAAGAAGAAGAAAUAGAACCUGAAGAAAGUGCUGACCAACUCAUAGAGGAAACCACACAAGCAGAAACACAACAAGAACAAGAGAUCCUUGUUGAUUCCCAAACCACUGAGCUCACUGAUGAAAGUUUCUCACAGGAGGUGGAAGACACUCCAGAUACCUAUAUUCCAGAAUCACAAUCGACUGCAUCAGAUGUCAUUGAGGCUCAAAUCUUUGACGCAGACAGCUGCAAUCUCAUGGACAGACCAUCCAGCCCUGAAGCUGUUAACGAUGAAUGGAUUAAACCAAUCUUGCAGAAAAACGCUGAAGAGCUGCCAGCAACUCAAGACGACAGUCCAGUCGAAUUGCCAGAAUUCCACGAGAGCUUUUCUGAAGUCAAUGACAUUGAAUUAGCAGAAGAAGUACAAGACAGCUUGCCUGUCUAUGUCAUUGAGGCUAAAAUCUUUGACGCAGACAGCUGCAAUCUCAUGGUCAGACCAUCCAGCCCUGAAGCUGUUGACGAUGAAUGGAUUAAACCAAUCUUGCAGAAAAACGCCGAAGAGCUGCCAGCAACUCAAGACGACAGUCCAGUCGAAUUGCCAGAAUUCCACGAGAGCUUUUCUGAAGUCAAUGACAUUGAAUUAGCAGAAGAAGUACAAGACAGCUUGCCUGUCUGUGAAGAUAAAGAAGAAGAAGAAAUAGCACCUGAAGAAAGUGCUGACCAACUCAUAGAGGAAACCACAGAAGCAGAAACACAACAAGAACAAGAGAUCCUUGUUGAUUCCCAAACCACUGAGCUCACUGAUGAAAGUUUCUCACAGGAGGUGGAAGACACUCCAGAUACCUAUAUUCCAGAAUCACAAUCGACUGCAUCAGAUGUCAUCGAGGCUCAAAUCUUUGACGCAGACAGCUGCAAUCUCAUGUUCAGACCAUCCAGCCCUGAAGCUGUUGACGAUGAAUGGAUUAAACCAAUCUUGCAGAAAAACGCUGAAGAGCUGCCAGCAACUCAAGACGACAGUCCAGUCGAAUUGCCAGAAUUCCACGAGAGCUUUUCUGAAGUCAAUGACAUUGAAUUAGCAGAAGAAGUACAAGACAGCUUGCCUGUCUACCAACUCAUAGAGGAAACCACACAAGCAGAAACACAACAAGAACAAGAGAUCCUUGUUGAUUCCCAAACCACUGAGCUCACUGAUGAAAGUUUCUCACAGGAGGUGGAAGACACUCCAGAUACCUAUAUUCCAGAAUCACAAUCGACUGCAUCAGAUGUCAUUGAGGCUCAAAUCUUUGACGCAGACAGCUCCGAUCUCAUGGUCAGACCAUCCAGCCCUGAAGCUGUUGACGAUGAAUGGAUUAAACCAAUCUGGCAGAAAAACGCCGAAGAGCUGCCAGCAACUCAAGACGACAGUCCAGUCGAAUUGCCAGAAUUCCACGAGCGCUUUUCUGAAGUCAAUGACAUUGAAUUAGCAGAAGAAGUACAAGACAGCUUGCCUGAGGUGAUAGACACUCCAGAUACCUAUAUUCCAGAAUCACAAUCGACUGCAUCAGAUGUCAUUGGGGCUCAAAUCUUUGACGCAGACAGCUGCAAUCUCAAGGUCAGACCAUCCAGCCCUGAAGCUGUUGACGAUGAAUGGAUUAAACAAAUCUUGCAGAAAAACGCCGAAGAGCUGCCAGCAACUCAAGACGACAGUCCAGUCGAAUUGCCAGAAUUCCACGAGAGCUUUUCUGAAGUCAAUGACAUUGAAUUAGCAGAAGAAGUACAAGACAGCUUGCCUGUCUGUGAAGAUAAAGAAGAAGAAGAAAUAGAACCUGAAGAAAGUGCUGACCAACUCAUAGAGGAAACCACACAAGCAGAAACACAACAAGAACAAGAGAUCCUUGUUGAUUCCCAAACCACUGAGCUCACUGAUGAAAGUUUCUCACAGGAGGUGGAAGACACUCCAGAUACCUAUAUUCCAGAAUCACAAUCGACUGCAUCAGAUGUCAUUGAGGCUCAAAUCUUUGACGCAGACAGCUGCAAUCUCAUGGACAGACCAUCCAGCCCUGAAGCUGUUAACGAUGAAUGGAUUAAACCAAUCUUGCAGAAAAACGCUGAAGAGCUGCCAGCAACUCAAGACGACAGUCCAGUCGAAUUGCCAGAAUUCCACGAGAGCUUUUCUGAAGUCAAUGACAUUGAAUUAGCAGAAGAAGAGGUGGAAGACACUCCAGAUAACUAUAUUCCAGAAUCACAAUCGACUGCAUCAGAUGUCAUUGAGGCUAAAAUCUUUGACGCAGACAGCUGCAAUCUCAUGGUCAGACCAUCCAGCCCUGAAGCUGUUGACGAUGAAUGGAUUAAACCAAUCUUGCAGAAAAACGCCGAAGAGCUGCCAGCAACUCAAGACGACAGUCCAGUCGAAUUGCCAGAAUUCCACGAGAGCUUUUCUGAAGUCAAUGACAUUGAAUUAGCAGAAGAAGUACAAGACAGCUUGCCUGUCUGUGAAGAUAAAGAAGAAGAAGAAAUAGCACCUGAAGAAAGUGCUGACCAACUCAUAGAGGAAACCACAGAAGCAGAAACACAACAAGAACAAGAGAUCCUUGUUGAUUCCCAAACCACUGAGCUCACUGAUGAAAGUUUCUCACAGGAGGUGGAAGACACUCCAGAUACCUAUAUUCCAGAAUCACAAUCGACUGCAUCAGAUGUCAUCGAGGCUCAAAUCUUUGACGCAGACAGCUGCAAUCUCAUGUUCAGACCAUCCAGCCCUGAAGCUGUUGACGAUGAAUGGAUUAAACCAAUCUUGCAGAAAAACGCUGAAGAGCUGCCAGCAACUCAAGACGACAGUCCAGUCGAAUUGCCAGAAUUCCACGAGAGCUUUUCUGAAGUCAAUGACAUUGAAUUAGCAGAAGAAGUACAAGACAGCUUUGCUGACCAACUCAUAGAGGAAACCACACAAGCAGAAACACAACAAGAACAAGAGAUCCUUGUUGAUUCCCAAACCACUGAGCUCACUGAUGAAAGUUUCUCACAGGAGGUGGAAGACACUCCAGAUACCUAUAUUCCAGAAUCACAAUCGACUGCAUCAGAUGUCAUUGAGGCUCAAAUCUUUGACGCAGACAGCUCCGAUCUCAUGGUCAGACCAUCCAGCCCUGAAGCUGUUGACGAUGAAUGGAUUAAACCAAUCUGGCAGAAAAACGCCGAAGAGCUGCCAGCAACUCAAGACGACAGUCCAGUCGAAUUGCCAGAAUUCCACGAGAGCUUUUCUGAAGUCAAUGACAUUGAAUUAGCAGAAGAAGUACAAGACAGCUUGCCUGUCUAUGUCAUUGAGGCUAAAAUCUUUGACGCAGACAGCUGCAAUCUCAAGGUCAGACCAUCCAGCCCUGAAGCUGUUGACGAUGAAUGGAUUAAACAAAUCUUGCAGAAAAACGCCGAAGAGCUGCCAGCAACUCAAGACGACAGUCCAGUCGAAUUGCCAGAAUUCCACGAGAGCUUUUCUGAAGUCAAUGACAUUGAAUUAGCAGAAGAAGUACAAGACAGCUUGCCUGUCUGUGAAGAUAAAGAAGAAGAAGAAGAAUUAGCACCUGAAGAAAGUGCUGACCAACUCAUAGAGGAAACCACAGAAGCAGAAACACAACAAGAACAAGAGAUCCUUGUUGAUUCCCAAACCACUGAGCUCACUGAUGAAAGUUUCUCACAGGAGGUGGAAGACACUCCAGAUACCUAUAUUCCAGAAUCACAAUCGACUGCAUCAGAUGUCAUCGAGGCUCAAAUCUUUGACGCAGACAGCUGCAAUCUCAUGUUCAGACCAUCCAGCCCUGAAGCUUUUGACGAUGAAUGGAUUAAACCAAUCUUGCAGAAAAACGCGGAAGAGCUGCCAGCAACUCAAGACGACAGUCCAGUCGAAUUGCCAGAAUUCCACGAGAGCUUUUCUGAAGUCAAUGACAUUGAAUUAGCAGAAGAAGUACAAGACAGCUUUGCUGACCAACUCAUAGAGGAAACCACACAAGCAGAAACACAACAAGAACAAGAGAUCCUUGUUGAUUCCCAAACCACUGAGCUCACUGAUGAAAGUUUCUCACAGGAGGUGGAAGACACUCCAGAUACCUAUAUUCCAGAAUCACAAUCGACUGCAUCAGAUGUCAUUGAGGCUCAAAUCUUUGACGCAGACAGCUCCGAUCUCAUGGUAAGACCAUCCAGCCCUGAAGCUGUUGACGAUGAAUGGAUUAAACCAAUCUGGCAGAAAAACGCCGAAGAGCUGCCAGCAACUCAAGACGACAGUCCAGUCGAAUUGCCAGAAUUCCACGAGAGCUUUUCUGAAGUCAAUGACAUUGAAUUAGCAGAAGAAGUACAAGACAGCUUGCCUGUCUGUGAAGAUAAAGAAGAAGAAGAAAUAGCACCUGAAGAAAGUGCUGACCAACUCAUAGAGGAAACCACACAAGCAGAAACACAACAAGAACAAGAGAUCCUUGUUGAUUCCCAAACCACUGAGCUCACUGAUGAAAGUUUCUCACAGGAGGUGGAAGACACUCCAGAUACCUAUAUUCCAGAAUCACAAUCGACUGCAUCAGAUGUCAUUGAGGCUCAAAUCUUUGACGCAGACAGCUGCAAUCUCAUGGACAGACCAUCCAGCCCUGAAGCUGUUGACGAUGAAUGGAUUAAACCAAUCUUGCAGAAAAAUGCUGAAGAGCUGCCAGCAACUCAAGACGAUAGUCCAGUCGAAUUGCCAGAAUUCCACGAGAGCUUUUCUGAAGUCAAUGACAUUGAAUUAGCAGAAGAAGUACAAGACAGCUUGCCUGUCUGUGAAGAUAAAGAAGAAGAAGUAAUAGAACCUGAAGAAAGUGCUGACCAACUCAUAGAGGAAACCACACAAGCAGAAACACAACAAGAACAAGAGAUCCUUGUUGAUUCCCAAACCACUGAGCUCACUGAUGAAAGUUUCUCACAGGAGGUGGAAGACACUCCAGAUACCUAUAUUCCAGAAUCACAAUCGACUGCAUCAGAUGUCAUUGAGGCUCAAAUCUUUGACGCAGACAGCUGCAAUCUCAUGGUCAGACCAUCCAGCCCUGAAGCUGUUGACGAUGAAUGGAUUAAACCAAUCUUGCAGAAAAACGCUGAAGAGCUGCCAGCAACUCAAGACGACAGUCCAGUCGAAUUGCCAGAAUUCCACGAGAGCUUUUCUGAAGUCAAUGACAUUGAAUUAGCAGAAGAAGUACAAGACAGCUUGCCUGUCUGUGAAGAUAAAGAAGAAGAAGAAAUAGCACCUGAAGAAAGUGCUGACCAACUCAUAGAGGAAACCACACAAGCAGAAACACAACAAGAACAAGAGAUCCUUGUUGAUUCCCAAACCACUGAGCUCACUGAUGAAAGUUUCUCACAGGAGGUGAAAGACACUCCAGAUACCUAUAUUCCAGAAUCACAAUCGACUGCAUCAGAUGUCAUUGAGGCUCAAAUCUUUGACGCAGACAGCUGCAAUCUCAUGGACAGACCAUCCAGCCCUGAAGCUGUUGACGAUGAAUGGAUUAAACCAAUCUUGCAGAAAAACGCUGAAGAGCUGCCAGCAACUCAAGACGACAGUCCAGUCGAAUUGCCAGAAUUCCACGAGAGCUUUUCUGAAGUCAAUGACAUUGAAUUAGCAGAAGAAGUACAAGGCAGCUUGCCUGUCUGUGAAGAUAAAGAAGAAGAAGAAAUAGCACCUGAAGAAAGUGCUGACCAACUCAUAGAGGAAACCACACAAGCAGAAACACAACAAGAACAAGAGAUCCUUGUUGAUUCCCAAACCACUGAGCUCACUGAUGAAAGUUUCUCACAGGAGGUGGAAGACACUCCAGAUACCUAUAUUCCAGAAUCACAAUCGACUGCAUCAGAUGUCAUUGAGGCUCAAAUCUUUGACGCAGACAGCUGCAAUCUCAUGGACAGACCAUCCAGCCCUGAAGCUGUUGACGAUGAAUGGAUUAAACCAAUCUUGCAGAAAAACGCUGAAGAGCUGCCAGCAACUCAAGACGACAGUCCAGUCGAAUUGCCAGAAUUCCACGAGAGCUUUUCUGAAGUCAAUGACAUUGAAUUAGCAGAAGAAGUACAAGACAGCUUGCCUGUCUGUGAAGAUAAAGAAGAAGAAGAAAUAGCACCUGAAGAAAGUGCUGACCAACUCAUAGAGGAAACCACACAAGCAGAAACACAACAAGAACAAGAGAUCCUUGUUGAUUCCCAAACCACUGAGCUCACUGAUGAAAGUUUCUCACAGGAGGUGGAAGACACUCCAGAUACCUAUAUUCCAGAAUCACAAUCGACUGCAUCAGAUGUCAUUGAGGCUCAAAUCUUUGACGCAGACAGCUGCAAUCUCAUGGUCAGACCAUCCAGCCCUGAAGCUGUUGACGAUGAAUGGAUUAAACCAAUCUUGCAGAAAAAUGCUGAAGAGCUGCCAGCAACUCAAAACGACAGUCCAGUCGAAUUGUCAGAAAUACACGAGAGCUUUUCUGAAGUCAAUGACAUUGAAUUAGCAGAAGAAGUACAAGACAGCUUGCCUGUCUGUGAAGAUAAAGAAGAAGAAGAAAUAGCACCUGAAGAAAGUGCUGACCAACUCAUAGAGGAAACCACACAAGCAGAAACACAACAAGAACAAGAGAUCCUUGUUGAUUCCCAAACCACUGAGCUCACUGAUGAAAGUUUCUCACAGGAGGUGGAAGACACUCCAGAUACCUAUAUUCCAGAAUCACAAUCGACUGCAUCAGAUGUCAUUGAGGCUCAAAUCUUUGACGCAGACAGCUGCAAUCUCAUGGUCAGACCAUCCAGCCCUGAAGCUGUUGACGAUGAAUGGAUUAAACCAAUCUUGCAGAAAAAUGCUGAAGAGCUGCCAGCAACUCAAGACGACAGUCCAGUCGAAUUGUCAGAAAUACACGAGAGCUUUUCUGAAGUCAAUGACAUUGAAUUAGCAGAAGAAGUACAAGACAGCUUGCCUGUCUGUGAAGAUAAAGAAGAAAAAGAAAAAGCACCUGAAGAAAGUGCUGACCAACUCAUAGAGGAAACCACACAAGCAGAAACACAACAAGAACAAGAGAUCCUUGUUGAUUCCCAAACCACUGAGCUCACUGAUGAAAGUUUCUCACAGGAGGUGGAAGACACUCCAGAUACCUAUAUUCCAGAAUCACAAUCGACUGCAUCAGAUGUCAUUGAGGCUCAAAUCUUUGACGCAGACAGCUGCAAUCUCAUGGUCAGACCAUCCAGCCCUGAAGCUGUUGACGAUGAAUGGAUUAAACCAAUCUUGCAGAAAAACGCUGAAGAGCUGCCAGCAACUCAAGACGACAGUCCAGUCGAAUUGCCAGAAUUCCACGAGAGCUUUUCUGAAGUCAAUGACAUUGAAUUAGCAGAAGAAGUACAAGACAGCUUGCCUGUCUGUGAAGAUAAAGAAGAAGAAGAAAUAGCACCUGAAGAAAGUGCUGACCAACUCAUAGAGGAAACCACACAAGCAGAAACACAACAAGAACAAGAGAUCCUUGUUGAUUCCCAAACCACUGAGCUCACUGAUGAAAGUUUCUCACAGGAGGUGAAAGACACUCCAGAUACCUAUAUUCCAGAAUCACAAUCGACUGCAUCAGAUGUCAUUGAGGCUCAAAUCUUUGACGCAGACAGCUGCAAUCUCAUGGACAGACCAUCCAGCCCUGAAGCUGUUGACGAUGAAUGGAUUAAACCAAUCUUGCAGAUAAACGCUGAAGAGCUGCCAGCAACUCAAGACGACAGUCCAGUCGAAUUGCCAGAAUUCCACGAGAGCUUUUCUGAAGUCAAUGACAUUGAAUUAGCAGAAGAAGUACAAGGCAGCUUGCCUGUCUGUGAAGAUAAAGAAGAAGAAGAAAUAGCACCUGAAGAAAGUGCUGACCAACUCAUAGAGGAAACCACACAAGCAGAAACACAACAAGAACAAGAGAUCCUUGUUGAUUCCCAAACCACUGAGCUCACUGAUGAAAGUUUCUCACAGGAGGUGGAAGACACUCCAGAUACCUAUAUUCCAGAAUCACAAUCGACUGCAUCAGAUGUCAUUGAGGCUCAAAUCUUUGACGCAGACAGCUGCAAUCUCAUGGACAGACCAUCCAGCCCUGAAGCUGUUGACGAUGAAUGGAUUAAACCAAUCUUGCAGAAAAACGCUGAAGAGCUGCCAGCAACUCAAGACGACAGUCCAGUCGAAUUGCCAGAAUUCCACGAGAGCUUUUCUGAAGUCAAUGACAUUGAAUUAGCAGAAGAAGUACAAGACAGCUUGCCUGUCUGUGAAGAUAAAGAAGAAGAAGAAAUAGCACCUGAAGAAAGUGCUGACCAACUCAUAGAGGAAACCACACAAGCAGAAACACAACAAGAACAAGAGAUCCUUGUUGAUUCCCAAACCACUGAGCUCACUGAUGAAAGUUUCUCACAGGAGGUGGAAGACACUCCAGAUACCUAUAUUCCAGAAUCACAAUCGACUGCAUCAGAUGUCAUUGAGGCUCAAAUCUUUGACGCAGACAGCUGCAAUCUCAUGGUCAGACCAUCCAGCCCUGAAGCUGUUGACGAUGAAUGGAUUAAACCAAUCUUGCAGAAAAACGCUGAAGAGCUGCCAGCAACUCAAGACGAUAGUCCAGUCGAAUUGCCAGAAUUCCACGAGAGCUUUUCUGAAGUCAAUGACAUUGAAUUAGCAGAAGAAGUACAAGACAGCUUGCCUGUCUGUGAAGAUAAAGAAGAAGAAGAAAUAGCACCUGAAGAAAGUGCUGACCAACUCAUAGAGGAAACCACACAAGCAGAAACACAACAAGAACAAGAGAUCCUUGUUGAUUCCCAAACCACUGAGCUCACUGAUGAAAGUUUCUCACAGGAGGUGGAAGACACUCCAGAUACCUAUAUUCAAGAAGAUACUUCAGAUGCACUUUCUAAAGAUUCUGAUUUUGGUUAUUCACAGAAUGAUGAUGAAGAAUCAAGUGAAGUUAUCUUUAUUGGUUGUUCAUGGGAUAAAUAUUUUAAUCUACAGCCUUCUUUUACUGAAGAUGUACAACAGCUUACAUUAAACAAAGAAGAAAGUAUUCAACAAGUAGUAUCAACAACUGGAGAUGCUGAUGACUCAACAGAUUUUGAUGAUGAGACAGAAAUUAGUGUUCAACAUCGUUCUUUAUAUCAGUCUUUAGAUUUACCUCCAUCUAAUGAUUUUAAUAAUGAUAAUGCUAUGGCUGUGAAAGAAGAUAAGUUUAAAGUUGAAAGUAAAGAUUUUAAAGAAAAUAUUUCACAAAAUUUUGAACAUAGAUUCCUGCAUCAAGAAGAAAAAAUCAGUGAUGUAGAAUCUAUAGACUUAGAAGUUGAAGAAAAUAUUGAGCAUAAUCAGCAUAGAAAUUUGGAACAGACACCUUACAGUAAAAAUCAGCACCACCAAACAGACUUCAGUUAUAUUUCUAAAAUGAGUGAAGAAAUUGAAAUUAAAAAAGACAAUGCAAAUCAUUCCAGAAUAGGGUUUGAAGAAGAUGCAGAAAAAAUAUCUGCUGAUGUUGAUGAUGAGUUUGAAGAAUUUGAAGGCAUAAAUGAUAAUGAGGAACCUGAUUGCACUGUUGUAUCAUCAUCUUCAGCCACAUCCUUUUCUUCUACACUUAAGCAAAUGCAUGAGGUCUUAAGUAGUGAAAAAGAAUUAAACAUUACUGAAACAAGUGAGACAAAUCUAACUCAUGAAAGCACAACCUACAACACAUCCCAAGAAAAUGAAACAAUGGCCUUUAUAAAUGAAAUCAAAGGUGACAUAUUUGAAAUACAAACUGCAGAAAAAAUUAGCCUAGAUCAAGAAUUUAAUGUAACUACACAAAAAUCUGGGUUACAAGAAGCUGAUGAUGUUUUCCUUCUUAGUGAAUCUAUGUUCCUUGAUGGUGCAAUAACUAAACAUGACAAGGAAACUUUAGCAGAACAAAUGGCAUACUCUGGUUCUCAAAUUAUGAACAAUGAGAAUUCAAGUAAGGAUUUACCUUUAACAGAAAAUGAUGAUGUUUUUGAAUAUGCAUCUACACAGGAGUUGGCAAACAAAACAAAAACCUUCCUACCACAUCCAGAAGAUAUUUUUUUGCCUCACUGGAUGAAAUCUGUAAGUUUUACAGAAUCUGAAAAAAGUACUAAAGACAAACAAUCUGAUAGCUUCAAAGUCCCGGAGAGCCAAUGUACUGGAACUGAAGAAAACCUAUCUGAUAAAGAUUUUAUUAACACAUUUUCACCUGUGAUUUCUAACGAAAGUAUUGAAAGCACAGAAAACAGAGUAAUAGAUGAUUAUGCUGAAACCAGUAAUGAAACCAAUGUCACCAUUACUGAAGAUACUCUAAAAUGUCUGGAGUGGCUGUCCACUUUAUCAAGCUGUGAAGAAAUGGAUGCUGUUGUAUCUGAAGAGCCAGACAGAUCAGAAAGACCAAACACUCAAAUGAUUAGCGAAUCAGAAAGGAAUACUACAGAAGAAUCAAAUGCUCUUCAAGAAUUGAGUAAUGAUUUACAACAGCUUGACAGAAUUAACGGUGAUUUUGUGGAGGAAAAUAUAGCACAUUCAGCAGAUGAAAAUGACACGCAUUUAGAACAAAGAGUACAUUUCAGUGUAAGUGAUUAUACAGAUAACCAAAAUCUUAUAGACAAACCACUAAUACAAACAAAAUCUAGAGAUGGCUAUCAUGAUAUGUUGGAAGUGUUUGGUAUUUCUGAUGAAUGUGUAAAUACAGCAAGCAAUAGAGACAGACACCAGCCUUCAACAUCAUCUAUUGAAUCCUUAGAAAUAACAGACCCAGAUGUGAUGAAAAUGUUGGAAGCAUUUGGAAUGAUCAAUCAUCCCACAUGUGCUGAAGAAAUUGAAAUUGAAGUUUCCUUAAUGACAUCCAGUAACUUACUGAAUCGACCAGACAGUCCUCUAUCUACAAAAGAUGAAUAUGAAAAUCCUGAAAACAUAAGUCCAUGCUUCAGUAAUGAUCAAAAUUUUACUAUCCAAGCCUUUGAAGAAAGUUUCAAUCCUAUAAAUGAAAUUGACAUAGGAGAUCCUGAAGUUAAAGAAACAAGGCUUUGGAGAAAUGAAAGUCCAGAAGCUGAGUACAUAAAUGCUUUGCAAAAAGAAACUAAUUAUAUGGCAAAUGCAAUCACUGAUUCUACAGAUGUUGCCUCCAAUUUCGAUUUCAAAAUCAUGGAGACAUCAUCAAGCAAAGUAGAGUCAGGGAAAAGUUCUGGCAGAUAUGCUGAAGAAUGUAACAAUGAAAAAGAUAGAAAUUCACACCAAGAUAUUGACAAUGAGAAAGAAAAAGAAACAUAUGACAUUGAAGCAAAGGAAGAAUUGAAAACUGAACAAAUCACAGAUGAAAAACUUACAGAACAGACUGAUGACACACUGCAACAGUCAGCUGAACAAGAAGAUCUGGUCCUAGAGAUUGAUCAAAGUCAAGUCCAAUCUGUGCCGCUGCUUCCACAUGAUUCAGAUGUCAUUCACAUUGAAACUUUAGCAUCUGAAUCCCCAGCAGAGCUGUCCGCUGAGAGUCCUCUUGAAACUGCUCCAGAAACUGAAAAAGAUGACUCACUUGUGCAAACACAAGACACCAAAGAACAAGAAGAAGAGUCAGAAAGUGAAUACUCAGAAGAGAGUGAACAACAAAGUGACUCUGAAGAUGAGAGCGCAAAAGAGGAGCUCACUGAUGUCAAGCAAGAAAAAGAAACCUCUGACAUUGAAGACUCCAUUGAAGCACAGGAAGACUUGAAAACUGAAACACAACCAUCUGAACAAAUCACAGAUGAAAAACUUACAGAACAGACUGAUGACACACUGCAACAGUCAGCUGAACAAGAAGAUCUGGUCCUAGAGAUUGAUCAAAGUCAAGUCCAAUCUGUGCCACUGCUUCCACAUGAUUCAGAUGUCAUUCACAUUGAAACUUUAGCAUCUGAAGCCCCAGCAGAGCUGUCCACUGAGAGUCCUCUUGAAACUGCUCCAGAAACUGAAAAAGAUGACUCACUUGUGAAAACACAAGACACCAAAGAACAAGAAGAAGAGUCAGAAAGUGAAUACUCAGAAGAGAGUGAACAACAAAGUGACUCUGAAGAUGAGAGCGCAAAAGAGGAGCUCACUGAUGUCAAGCAAGAAAAAGAAACCUCUGACAUUGAAGACUCCAUUGAAGCACAGGAAGACUUGAAAACUGAAACACAACCAUCUGAACAAAUCACAGAUGAAAAACUUACAGAACAGACUGAUGACACACUGCAACAGUCAGCUGAACAAGAAGAUCUGGUCCUAGAGAUUGAUCAAAGUCAAGUCCAAUCUGUGCCACUGCUUCCACGUGAUUCAGAUGUCAUUCACAUUGAAACUUUAGCAUCUGAAGCCCCAGCAGAGCUGUCCACUGAGAGUCCUCUUGAAACUGCUCCAGAAACUGAAAAAGAUGACUCACUUGUGCAAACACAAGACACCAAAGAACAAGAAGAAGAGUCAGAAAGUGAAUACUCAGAAGAGAGUGAACAACAAAGUGACUCUGAAGAUGAGAGCGCAAAAGAGGAGCUCACUGAUGUCAAGCAUGAAAAAGAAACCUCUGAUAUUGAAGACUCCAUUGAAGCACAGGAAGACUUAAAAACUGAAACACAACCAUCUGAACAAAUCACAGAUGAAAAACUUACAGAACAGACUGAUGACACACUGCAACAGUCAGCUGAACAAGAAGAUCUGGUCCUAGAGAUUGAUCAAAGUCAAGUCCAAUCUGUGCCACUGCUUCCACAUGAUUCAGAUGUCAUUCACAUUGAAACUUUAGCAUCUGAAUCCCCAGCAGAGCUGUCCACUGAGAGUCCUCUUGAAAGUGCUCCAGAAACUGAAAAAGAUGACUCACUUGUGCAAACACAAGACACCAAAGAACAAGAAGAAGAGUCAGAAAGUGAAUACUCAGAAGUGAGUGAACAACAAAGUGACUCUGAAGAUGAGAGCGCAAAAGAGGAGCUCACUGAUGUCAAGCAAGAAAAAGAAACCUCUGACAUUGAAGACUCCAUUGAAGCACAGGAAGACUUGAAAACUGAAACACAACCAUCUGAACAAAUCACAGAUGAAAAACUUACAGAACAGACUGAUGACACACUGCAACAGUCAGCUGAACAAGAAGAUCUGGUCCUAGAGAUUGAUCAAAGUCAAGUCCAAUCUGUGCCACUGCUUCCACAUGAUUCAGAUGUCAUUCACAUUGAAACUUUAGCAUCUGAAGCCCCAGCAGAGCUGUCCACUGAGAGUCCUCUUGAAACUGCUCCAGAAACUGAAAAAGAUGACUCACUUGUGCAAACACAAGACACCAAAGAACAAGAAGAAGACUCAGAAAGUGAAUACUCAGAAGAGAGUGAACAACAAAGUGACUCUGAAGAUGAGAGCGCAAAAGAGGAGCUCACUGAUGUCAAGCAAGAAAAAGAAACCUCUGACAUUGAAGACUCCAUUGAAGCACAGGAAGACUUGAAAACUGAAACACAACCAUCUGAACAAAUCCCAGAUGAAAAACUUACAGAACAGACUGAUGACACACUGCAACAGUCAGCUGAACAAGAAGAUCUGGUCCUAGAGAUUGAUCAAAGUCAAGUCCAAUCUGUGCCACUGCUUCCACAUGAUUCAGAUGUCAUUCACAUUGAAACUUUAGCAUCUGAAGCCCCAGCAGAGCUGUCCACUGAGAGUCCUCUUGAAACUGCUCCAGAAACUGAAAAAGAUGACUCACUUGUGAAAACACAAGACACCAAAGAACAAGAAGAAGAGUCAGAAAGUGAAUACUCAGAAGAGAGUGAACAACAAAGUGACUCUGAAGAUGAGAGCGCAAAAGAGGAGCUCACUGAUGUCAAGCAAGAAAAAGAAACCUCUGACAUUGAAGACUCCAUUGAAGCACAGGAAGACUUGAAAACUGAAACACAACCAUCUGAACAAAUCACAGAUGAAAAACUUACAGAACAGACUGAUGACACACUGCAACAGUCAGCUGAACAAGAAGAUCUGGUCCUAGAUAUUGAUCAAAGUCAAGUCCAAUCUGUGCCACUGCUUCCACGUGAUUCAGAUGUCAUUCACAUUGAAACUUUAGCAUCUGAAGCCCCAGCAGAGCUGUCCACUGAGAGUCCUCUUGAAACUGCUCCAGAAACUGAAAAAGAUGACUCACUUGUGCAAACACAAGACACCAAAGAACAAGAAGAAGAGUCAGAAAGUGAAUACUCAGAAGAGAGUGAACAACAAAGUGACUCUGAAGAUGAGAGCGCAAAAGAGGAGCUCACUGAUGUCAAGCAUGAAAAAGAAACCUCUGAUAUUGAAGACUCCAUUGAAGCACAGGAAGACUUGAAAACUGAAACACAACCAUCUGAACAAAUCACAGAUGAAAAACUUACAGAACAGACUGAUGACACACUGCAACAGUCAGCUGAACAAGAAGAUCUGGUCCUAGAUAUUGAUCAAAGUCAAGUCCAAUCUGUGCCACUGCUUCCACGUGAUUCAGAUGUCAUUCACAUUGAAACUUUAGCAUCUGAAGCCCCAGCAGAGCUGUCCACUGAGAGUCCUCUUGAAACUGCUCCAGAAACUGAAAAAGAUGACUCACUUGUGCAAACACAAGACACCAAAGAACAAGAAGAAGAGUCAGAAAGUGAAUACUCAGAAGAGAGUGAACAACAAAGUGACUCUGAAGAUGAGAGCGCAAAAGAGGAGCUCACUGAUGUCAAGCAUGAAAAAGAAACCUCUGAUAUUGAAGACUCCAUUGAAGCACAGGAAGACUUGAAAACUGAAACACAACCAUCUGAACAAAUCACAGAUGAAAAACUUACAGAACAGACUGAUGACACACUGCAACAGUCAGCUGAACAAGAAGAUCUGGUCCUAGAGAUUGAUCAAAGUCAAGUCCAAUCUGUGCCACUGCUUCCACAUGAUUCAGAUGUCAUUCACAUUGAAACUUUAGCAUCUGAAUCCCCAGCAGAGCUGUCCACUGAGAGUCCUCUUGAAAGUGCUCCAGAAACUGAAAAAGAUGACUCACUUGUGCAAACACAAGACACCAAAGAACAAGAAGAAGAGUCAGAAAGUGAAUACUCAGAAGUGAGUGAACAACAAAGUGACUCUGAAGAUGAGAGCGCAAAAGAGGAGCUCACUGAUGUCAAGCAAGAAAAAGAAACCUCUGACAUUGAAGACUCCAUUGAAGCACAGGAAGACUUGAAAACUGAAACACAACCAUCUGAACAAAUCACAGAUGAAAAACUUACAGAACAGACUGAUGACACACUGCAACAGUCAGCUGAACAAGAAGAUCUGGUCCUAGAGAUUGAUCAAAGUCAAGUCCAAUCUGUGCCACUGCUUCCACAUGAUUCAGAUGUCAUUCACAUUGAAACUUUAGCAUCUGAAGCCCCAGCAGAGCUGUCCACUGAGAGUCCUCUUGAAACCGCUCCAGAAACUGAAAAAGAUGACUCACUUGUGCAAACACAAGACACCAAAGAACAAGAAGAAGAGUCAGAAAGUGAAUACUCAGAAGAGAGUGAACAACAAAGUGACUCUGAAGAUGAGAGCGCAAAAGAGGAGCUCACUGAUGUCAAGCAAGAAAAAGAAACCUCUGACAUUGAAGACUCCAUUGAAGCACAGGAAGACUUGAAAACUGAAACACAACCAUCUGAACAAAUCACAGAUGAAAAACUUACAGAACAGACUGAUGACACACUGCAACAGUCAGCUGAACAAGAAGAUCUGGUCCUAGAGAUUGAUCAAAGUCAAGUCCAAUCUGUGCCACUGCUUCCACAUGAUUCAGAUGUCAUUCACAUUGAAACUUUAGCAUCUGAAGCCCCAGCAGAGCUGUCCACUGAGAGUCCUCUUGAAACUGCUCCAGAAACUGAAAAAGAUGACUCACUUGUGCAAACACAAGACACCAAAGAACAAGAAGAAGAGUCAGAAAGUGAAUACUCAGAAGAGAGUGAACAACAAAGUGACUCUGAAGAUGAGAGCGCAAAAGAGGAGCUCACUGAUGUCAAGCAAGAAAAAGAAACCUCUGACAUUGAAGACUCCAUUGAAGCACAGGAAGACUUGAAAACUGAAACACAACCAUCUGAACAAAUCACAGAUGAAAAACUUACAGAACAGACUGAUGACACACUGCAACAGUCAGCUGAACAAGAAGAUCUGGUCCUAGAGAUUGAUCAAAGUCAAGUCCAAUCUGUGCCACUGCUUCCACAUGAUUCAGAUGUCAUUCACAUUGAAACUUUAGCAUCUGAAGCCCCAGCAGAGCUGUCCACUGAGAGUCCUCUUGAAACUGCUCCAGAAACUGAAAAAGAUGACUCACUUGCGCAAACACAAGACACCAAAGAACAAGAAGAAGAGUCAGAAAGUGAAUACUCAGAAGAGAGUGAACAACAAAGUGACUCUGAAGAUGAGAGCGCAAAAGAGGAGCUCACUGAUGUCAAGCAAGAAAAAGAAACCUCUGACAUUGAAGACUCCAUUGAAGCACAGGAAGACUUGAAAACUGAAACACAACCAUCUGAACAAAUCACAGAUGAAAAACUUACAGAACAGACUGAUGACACACUGCAACAGUCAGCUGAACAAGAAGAUCUGGUCCUAGAGAUUGAUCAAAGUCAAGUCCAAUCUGUGCCACUGCUUCCACAUGAUUCAGAUGUCAUUCACAUUGAAACUUUAGCAUCUGAAGCCCCAGCAGAGCUGUCCACUGAGAGUCCUCUUGAAACUGCUCCAGAAACUGAAAAAGAUGACUCACUUGCGCAAACACAAGACACCAAAGAACAAGAAGAAGAGUCAGAAAGUGAAUACUCAGAAGAGAGUGAACAACAAAGUGACUCUGAAGAUGAGAGCGCAAAAGAGGAGCUCACUGAUGUCAAGCAAGAAAAAGAAACCUCUGACAUUGAAGACUCCAUUGAAGCACAGGAAGACUUGAAAACUGAAACACAACCAUCUGAACAAAUCACAGAUGAAAAACUUACAGAACAGACUGAUGACACACUGCAACAGUCAGCUGAACAAGAAGAUCUGGUCCUAGAGAUUGAUCAAAGUCAAGUCCAAUCUGUGCCACUGCUUCCACAUGAUUCAGAUGUCAUUCACAUUGAAACUUUAGCAUCUGAAGCCCCAGCAGAGCUGUCCACUGAGAGUCCUCUUGAAACUGCUCCAGAAACUGAAAAAGAUGACUCACUUGUGCAAACACAAGACACCAAAGAACAAGAAGAAGACUCAGAAAGUGAAUACUCAGAAGAGAGUGAACAACAAAGUGACUCUGAAGAUGAGAGCGCAAAAGAGGAGCUCACUGAUGUCAAGCAAGAAAAAGAAACCUCUGACAUUGAAGACUCCAUUGAAGCACAGGAAGACUUGAAAACUGAAACACAACCAUCUGAACAAAUCACAGAUGAAAAACUUACAGAACAGACUGAUGACACACUGCAACAGUCAGCUGAACAAGAAGAUCUGGUCCUAGAGAUUGAUCAAAGUCAAGUCCAAUCUGUGCCACUGCUUCCACAUGAUUCAGAUGUCAUUCACAUUGAAACUUUAGCAUCUGAAGCCCCAGCAGAGCUGUCCACUGAGAGUCCUCUUGAAACUGCUCCAGAAACUGAAAAAGAUGACUCACUUGUGCAAACACAAGACACCAAAGAACAAGAAGAAGAGUCAGAAAGUGAAUACUCAGAAGAGAGUGAACAACAAAGUGACUCUGAAGAUGAGAGCGCAAAAGAGGAGCUCACUGAUGUCAAGCAAGAAAAAGAAACAUCUGACAUUGAAGACUCCAUUGAAGCACAGGAAGACUUGAAAACUGAAACACAACCAUCUGAACAAAUCACAGAUGAAAAACUUACAGAACAGACUGAUGACACACUGCAACAGUCAGCUGAACAAGAAGAUCUGGUCCUAGAGAUUGAUCAAAGUCAAGUCCAAUCUGUGCCACUGCUUCCACAUGAUUCAGAUGUCAUUCACAUUGAAACUUUAGCAUCUGAAGCCCCAGCAGAGCUGUCCACUGAGAGUCCUCUUGAAACUGCUCCAGAAACUGAAAAAGAUGACUCACUUGUGCAAACACAAGACACCAAAGAACAAGAAGAAGAGUCAGAAAGUGAAUACACAGAAGAGAGUGAACAACAAAGUGACUCUGAAGAUGAGAGCGCAAAAGAGGAGCUCACUGAUGUCAAGCAAGAAAAAGAAACCUCUGACAUUGAAGACUCCAUUGAAGCACAGGAAGACUUGAAAACUGAAACACAACCAUCUGAACAAAUCACAGAUGAAAAACUUACAGAACAGACUGAUGACACACUGCAACAGUCAGCUGAACAAGAAGAUCUGGUCAUAGAGAUUGAUCAAAGUCAAGUCCAAUCUGUGCCACUGCUUCCACAUGAUUCAGAUGUCAUUCACAUUGAAACUUUAGCAUCUGAAGCCCCAGCAGAGCUGUCCACUGAGAGUCCUCUUGAAACUGCUCCAGAAACUGAAAAAGAUGACUCACUUGUGCAAACACAAGACACCAAAGAACAAGAAGAAGAGUCAGAAAGUGAAUACUCAGAAGAGAGUGAACAACAAAGUGACUCUGAAGAUGAGAGCGCAAAAGAGGAGCUCACUGAUGUCAAGCAAGAAAAAGAAACCUCUGACAUUGAAGACUCCAUUGAAGCACAGGAAGACUUGAAAACUGAAACACAACCAUCUGAACAAAUCACAGAUGAAAAACUUACAGAACAGACUGAUGACACACUGCAACAGUCAGCUGAACAAGAAGAUCUGGUCCUAGAGAUUGAUCAAAGUCAAGUCCAAUCUGUGCCACUGCUUCCACAUGAUUCAGAUGUCAUUCACAUUGAAACUUUAGCAUCUGAAGCCCCAGCAGAGCUGUCCACUGAGAGUCCUCUUGAAACUGCUCCAGAAACUGAAAAAGAUGACUCACUUGCGCAAACACAAGACACCAAAGAACAAGAAGAAGAGUCAGAAAGUGAAUACUCAGAAGAGAGUGAACAACAAAGUGACUCUGAAGAUGAGAGCGCAAAAGAGGAGCUCACUGAUGUCAAGCAAGAAAAAGAAACCUCUGACAUUGAAGACUCCAUUGAAGCACAGGAAGACUUGAAAACUGAAACACAACCAUCUGAACAAAUCACAGAUGAAAAACUUACAGAACAGACUGAUGACACACUGCAACAGUCAGCUGAACAAGAAGAUCUGGUCCUAGAGAUUGAUCAAAGUCAAGUCCAAUCUGUGCCACUGCUUCCACAUGAUUCAGAUGUCAUUCACAUUGAAACUUUAGCAUCUGAAGCCCCAGCAGAGCUGUCCACUGAGAGUCCUCUUGAAACUGCUCCAGAAACUGAAAAAGAUGACUCACUUGUGCAAACACAAGACACCAAAGAACAAGAAGAAGAGUCAGAAAGUGAAUACUCAGAAGAGAGUGAACAACAAAGUGACUCUGAAGAUGAGAGCGCAAAAGAGGAGCUCACUGAUGUCAAGCAAGAAAAAGAAACCUCUGACAUUGAAGACUCCAUUGAAGCACAGGAAGACUUGAAAACUGAAACACAACCAUCUGAACAAAUCACAGAUGAAAAACUUACAGAACAGACUAAUGACACACUGCAACAGUCAGCUGAACAAGAAGAUCUGGUCCUAGAGAUUGAUCAAAGUCAAGUCCAAUCUGUGCCACUGCUUCCACAUGAUUCAGAUGUCAUUCACAUUGAAACUUUAGCAUCUGAAGCCCCAGCAGAGCUGUCCACUGAGAGUCCUCUUGAAACUGCUCCAGAAACUGAAAAAGAUGACUCACUUGCGCAAACACAAGACACCAAAGAACAAGAAGAAGAGUCAGAAAGUGAAUACUCAGAAGAGAGUGAACAACAAAGUGACUCUGAAGAUGAGAGCGCAAAAGAGGAGCUCACUGAUGUCAAGCAAGAAAAAGAAACCUCUGACAUUGAAGACUCCAUUGAAGCACAGGAAGACUUGAAAACUGAAACACAACCAUCUGAACAAAUCACAGAUGAAAAACUUACAGAACAGACUGAUGACACACUGCAACAGUCAGCUGAACAAGAAGAUCUGGUCCUAGAGAUUGAUCAAAGUCAAGUCCAAUCUGUGCCACUGCUUCCACAUGAUUCAGAUGUCAUUCACAUUGAAACUUUAGCAUCUGAAGCCCCAGCAGAGCUGUCCACUGAGAGUCCUCUUGAAACUGCUCCAGAAACUGAAAAAGAUGACUCACUUGCGCAAACACAAGACACCAAAGAACAAGAAGAAGAGUCAGAAAGUGAAUACUCAGAAGAGAGUGAACAACAAAGUGACUCUGAAGAUGAGAGCGCAAAAGAGGAGCUCACUGAUGUCAAGCAAGAAAAAGAAACAUCUGACAUUGAAGACUCCAUUGAAGCACAGGAAGACUUGAAAACUGAAACACAACCAUCUGAACAAAUCACAGAUGAAAAACUUACAGAACAGACUGAUGACACACUGCAACAGUCAGCUGAACAAGAAGAUCUGGUCCUAGAGAUUGAUCAAAGUCAAGUCCAAUCUGUGCCACUGCUUCCACAUGAUUCAGAUGUCAUUCACAUUGAAACUUUAGCAUCUGAAGCCCCAGCAGAGCUGUCCACUGAGAGUCCUCUUGAAACUGCUCCAGAAACUGAAAAAGAUGACUCACUUGUGCAAACACAAGACACCAAAGAACAAGAAGAAGACUCAGAAAGUGAAUACUCAGAAGAGAGUGAACAACAAAGUGACUCUGAAGAUGAGAGCGCAAAAGAGGAGCUCACUGAUGUCAAGCAAGAAAAAGAAACCUCUGACAUUGAAGACUCCAUUGAAGCACAGGAAGACUUGAAAACUGAAACACAACCAUCUGAACAAAUCACAGAUGAAAAACUUACAGAACAGACUGAUGACACACUGCAACAGUCAGCUGAACAAGAAGAUCUGGUCCUAGAGAUUGAUCAAAGUCAAGUCCAAUCUGUGCCACUGCUUCCACAUGAUUCAGAUGUCAUUCACAUUGAAACUUUAGCAUCUGAAGCCCCAGCAGAGCUGUCCACUGAGAGUCCUCUUGAAACUGCUACAGAAACUGAAAAAGAUGACUCACUUGUGCAAACACAAGACACCAAAGAACAAGAAGAAGACUCAGAAAGUGAAUACUCAGAAGAGAGUGAACAACAAAGUGACUCUGAAGAUGAGAGCGCAAAAGAGGAGCUCACUGAUGUCAAGCAAGAAAAAGAAACCUCUGACAUUGAAGACUCCAUUGAAGCACAGGAAGACUUGAAAACUGAAACACAACCAUCUGAACAAAUCACAGAUGAAAAACUUACAGAACAGACUGAUGACACACUGCAACAGUCAGCUGAACAAGAAGAUCUGGUCCUAGAGAUUGAUCAAAGUCAAGUCCAAUCUGUGCCACUGCUUCCACAUGAUUCAGAUGUCAUUCACAUUGAAACUUUAGCAUCUGAAGCCCCAGCAGAGCUGUCCACUGAGAGUCCUCUUGAAACUGCUCCAGAAACUGAAAAAGAUGACUCACUUGCGCAAACACAAGACACCAAAGAACAAGAAGAAGAGUCAGAAAGUGAAUACUCAGAAGAGAGUGAACAACAAAGUGACUCUGAAGAUGAGAGCGCAAAAGAGGAGCUCACUGAUGUCAAGCAAGAAAAAGAAACCUCUGACAUUGAAGACUCCAUUGAAGCACAGGAAGACUUGAAAACUGAAACACAACCAUCUGAACAAAUCACAGAUGAAAAACUUACAGAACAGACUGAUGACACACUGCAACAGUCAGCUGAACAAGAAGAUCUGGUCCUAGAGAUUGAUCAAAGUCAAGUCCAAUCUGUGCCACUGCUUCCACAUGAUUCAGAUGUCAUUCACAUUGAAACUUUAGCAUCUGAAGCCCCAGCAGAGCUGUCCACUGAGAGUCCUCUUGAAACUGCUCCAGAAACUGAAAAAGAUGACUCACUUGUGCAAACACAAGACACCAAAGAACAAGAAGAAGACUCAGAAAGUGAAUACUCAGAAGAGAGUGAACAACAAAGUGACUCUGAAGAUGAGAGCGCAAAAGAGGAGCUCACUGAUGUCAAGCAAGAAAAAGAAACAUCUGACAUUGAAGACUCCAUUGAAGCACAGGAAGACUUGAAAACUGAAACACAACCAUCUGAACAAAUCACAGAUGAAAAACUUACAGAACAGACUGAUGACACACUGCAACAGUCAGCUGAACAAGAAGAUCUGGUCCUAGAGAUUGAUCAAAGUCAAGUCCAAUCUGUGCCACUGCUUCCACAUGAUUCAGAUGUCAUUCACAUUGAAACUUUAGCAUCUGAAGCCCCAGCAGAGCUGUCCACUGAGAGUCCUCUUGAAACUGCUCCAGAAACUGAAAAAGAUGACUCACUUGUGCAAACACAAGACACCAAAGAACAAGAAGAAGACUCAGAAAGUGAAUACUCAGAAGAGAGUGAACAACAAAGUGACUCUGAAGAUGAGAGCGCAAAAGAGGAGCUCACUGAUGUCAAGCAAGAAAAAGAAACCUCUGACAUUGAAGACUCCAUUGAAGCACAGGAAGACUUGAAAACUGAAACACAACCAUCUGAACAAAUCACAGAUGAAAAACUUACAGAACAGACUGAUGACACACUGCAACAGUCAGCUGAACAAGAAGAUCUGGUCCUAGAGAUUGAUCAAAGUCAAGUCCAAUCUGUGCCACUGCUUCCACAUGAUUCAGAUGUCAUUCACAUUGAAACUUUAGCAUCUGAAGCCCCAGCAGAGCUGUCCACUGAGAGUCCUCUUGAAACUGCUCCAGAAACUGAAAAAGAUGACUCACUUGUGCAAACACAAGACACCAAAGAACAAGAAGAAGACUCAGAAAGUGAAUACUCAGAAGAGAGUGAACAACAAAGUGACUCUGAAGAUGAGAGCGCAAAAGAGGAGCUCACUGAUGUCAAGCAAGAAAAAGAAACAUCUGACAUUGAAGACUCCAUUGAAGCACAGGAAGACUUGAAAACUGAAACACAACCAUCUGAACAAAUCACAGAUGAAAAACUUACAGAACAGACUGAUGACACACUGCAACAGUCAGCUGAACAAGAAGAUCUGGUCCUAGAGAUUGAUCAAAGUCAAGUCCAAUCUGUGCCACUGCUUCCACAUGAUUCAGAUGUCAUUCACAUUGAAACUUUAGCAUCUGAAGCCCCAGCAGAGCUGUCCACUGAGAGUCCUCUUGAAACUGCUCCAGAAACUGAAAAAGAUGACUCACUUGUGCAAACACAAGACACCAAAGAACAAGAAGAAGACUCAGAAAGUGAAUACUCAGAAGAGAGUGAACAACAAAGUGACUCUGAAGAUGAGAGCGCAAAAGAGGAGCUCACUGAUGUCAAGCAAGAAAAAGAAACAUCUGACAUUGAAGACUCCAUUGAAGCACAGGAAGACUUGAAAACUGAAACACAACCAUCUGAACAAAUCACAGAUGAAAAACUUACAGAACAGACUGAUGACACACUGCAACAGUCAGCUGAACAAGAAGAUCUGGUCCUAGAGAUUGAUCAAAGUCAAGUCCAAUCUGUGCCACUGCUUCCACAUGAUUCAGAUGUCAUUCACAUUGAAACUUUAGCAUCUGAAGCCCCAGCAGAGCUGUCCACUGAGAGUCCUCUUGAAACUGCUCCAGAAACUGAAAAAGAUGACUCACUUGCGCAAACACAAGACACCAAAGAACAAGAAGAAGACUCAGAAAGUGAAUACUCAGAAGAGAGUGAACAACAAAGUGACUCUGAAGAUGAGAGCGCAAAAGAGGAGCUCACUGAUGUCAAGCAAGAAAAAGAAACCUCUGACAUUGAAGACUCCAUUGAAGCACAGGAAGACUUGAAAACUGAAACACAGCCAUCUGAACAAAUCACAGAUGAAAAACUUACAGAACAGACUGAUGACACACUGCAACAGUCAGCUGAACAAGAAGAUCUGGUCCUAGAGAUUGAUCAAAGUCAAGUCCAAUCUGUGCCACUGCUUCCACAUGAUUCAGAUGUCAUUCACAUUGAAACUUUAGCAUCUGAAGCCCCAGCAGAGCUGUCCACUGAGAGUCCUCUUGAAACUGCUCCAGAAACUGAAAAAGAUGACUCACUUGUGCAAACACAAGACACCAAAGAACAAGAAGAAGAGUCAGAAAGUGAAUACUCAGAAGAGAGUGAACAACAAAGUGACUCUGAAGAUGAGAGCGCAAAAGAGGAGCUCACUGAUGUCAAGCAAGAAAAAGAAACCUCUGACAUUGAAGACUCCAUUGAAGCACAGGAAGACUUGAAAACUGAAACACAACCAUCUGAACAAAUCACAGAUGAAAAACUUACAGAACAGACUGAUGACACACUGCAACAGUCAGCUGAACAAGAAGAUCUGGUCCUAGAGAUUGAUCAAAGUCAAGUCCAAUCUGUGCCACUGCUUCCACAUGAUUCAGAUGUCAUUCACAUUGAAACUUUAGCAUCUGAAGCCCCAGCAGAGCUGUCCACUGAGAGUCCUCUUGAAACUGCUCCAGAAACUGAAAAAGAUGACUCACUUGCGCAAACACAAGACACCAAAGAACAAGAAGAAGAGUCAGAAAGUGAAUACUCAGAAGAGAGUGAACAACAAAGUGACUCUGAAGAUGAGAGCGCAAAAGAGGAGCUCACUGAUGUCAAGCAAGAAAAAGAAACCUCUGACAUUGAAGACUCCAUUGAAGCACAGGAAGACUUGAAAACUGAAACACAACCAUCUGAACAAAUCACAGAUGAAAAACUUACAGAACAGACUGAUGACACACUGCAACAGUCAGCUGAACAAGAAGAUCUGGUCCUAGAGAUUGAUCAAAGUCAAGUCCAAUCUGUGCCACUGCUUCCACAUGAUUCAGAUGUCAUUCACAUUGAAACUUUAGCAUCUGAAGCCCCAGCAGAGCUGUCCACUGAGAGUCCUCUUGAAACUGCUCCAGAAACUGAAAAAGAUGACUCACUUGUGCAAACACAAGACACCAAAGAACAAGAAGAAGAGUCAGAAAGUGAAUACUCAGAAGAGAGUGAACAACAAAGUGACUCUGAAAAUGAGAGCGCAAAAGAGGAGCUCACUGAUGUCAAGCAAGAAAAUGAAACCUCUGACAUUGAAGACUCCAUUGAAGCACAGGAAGACUUGAAAACUGAAACACAACCAUCUGAACAAAUCACAGAUGAAAAACUUACAGAACAGACUGAUGACACACUGCAACAGUCAGCUGAACAAGAAGAUCUGGUCCUAGAGAUUGAUCAAAGUCAAGUCCAAUCUGUGCCACUGCUUCCACAUGAUUCAGAUGUCAUUCACAUUGAAACUUUAGCAUCUGAAGCCCCAGCAGAGCUGUCCACUGAGAGUCCUCUUGAAACUGCUCCAGAAACUGAAAAAGAUGACUCACUUGCGCAAACACAAGACACCAAAGAACAAGAAGAAGAGUCAGAAAGUGAAUACUCAGAAGAGAGUGAACAACAAAGUGACUCUGAAGAUGAGAGCGCAAAAGAGGAGCUCACUGAUGUCAAGCAAGAAAAAGAAACAUCUGACAUUGAAGACUCCAUUGAAGCACAGGAAGACUUGAAAACUGAAACACAACCAUCUGAACAAAUCACAGAUGAAAAACUUACAGAACAGACUGAUGACACACUGCAACAGUCAGCUGAACAAGAAGAUCUGGUCCUAGAGAUUGAUCAAAGUCAAGUCCAAUCUGUGCCACUGCUUCCACAUGAUUCAGAUGUCAUUCACAUUGAAACUUUAGCAUCUGAAGCCCCAGCAGAGCUGUCCACUGAGAGUCCUCUUGAAACUGCUCCAGAAACUGAAAAAGAUGACUCACUUGUGCAAACACAAGACACCAAAGAACAAGAAGAAGAGUCAGAAAGUGAAUACUCAGAAGAGAGUGAACAACAAAGUGACUCUGAAGAUGAGAGCGCAAAAGAGGAGCUCACUGAUGUCAAGCAAGAAAAAGAAACCUCUGACAUUGAAGACUCCAUUGAAGCACAGGAAGACUUGAAAACUGAAACACAACCAUCUGAACAAAUCACAGAUGAAAAACUUACAGAACAGACUGAUGACACACUGCAACAGUCAGCUGAACAAGAAGAUCUGGUCCUAGAGAUUGAUCAAAGUCAAGUCCAAUCUGUGCCACUGCUUCCACAUGAUUCAGAUGUCAUUCACAUUGAAACUUUAGCAUCUGAAGCCCCAGCAGAGCUGUCCACUGAGAGUCCUCUUGAAACUGCUCCAGAAACUGAAAAAGAUGACUCACUUGUGCAAACACAAGACACCAAAGAACAAGAAGAAGAGUCAGAAAGUGAAUACUCAGAAGAGAGUGAACAACAAAGUGACUCUGAAGAUGAGAGCGCAAAAGAGGAGCUCACUGAUGUCAAGCAAGAAAAAGAAACAUCUGACAUUGAAGACUCCAUUGAAGCACAGGAAGACUUGAAAACUGAAACACAACCAUCUGAACAAAUCACAGAUGAAAAACUUACAGAACAGACUGAUGACACACUGCAACAGUCAGCUGAACACUUUGAAGGUGAAGACUACACAUCUCAGUUAGCUGAGGUUCACUCUAUGAUGACAACUUUCUCUAGAAGAAUGAGUUCAGACAUAGAUCUCUGUCAAAUGGAUGUGAUAGGUGCUAUAGACAACCUGGUUGAAAAGAUGGCUUUUGAACUGCAACAAGGGACACUAUCUACUUCAGAUGUUAUGCAUGAGAUUUCCAAUUUAACAUCUGGUAGACCAAGAAUUUCUGGGUCUUUGUCAGAGUCCUCAUCUCUUCAUGAAAGUCGAGAAAGCAGUCCCAGGAAGCCAGACCCAUCCAGAGCAUCCAGCACUGCAGAGAACAGCAGCUCAGCUCAAAGCAGAGAUCAGCUGGAAAAGGAAAUUUAUGACAUUCUUGAUGACAUCAUGUCGCUCUUAGGUGCUGUAACAAGUGCUCCAAGUGAACCUGAACCACACAUGCAGCUCAGUGAAGAUGCUAGUUUGGGCACCGCUGACAGUAAUGUCAAUUUUGUAGAUAAUAAAUCUUGCUCUGAUAUAGAAGACAUUGUAGAAACACCCACAUCAACUAGUGUUUUUGAACAUAGCCCCAGUUCACACUUAGAUGAAGAGACUUUAAUCCUUCCAUCUGUACCAAGCAAUACACCUUUGAACAGAUCUUUUGUAGAAAUAAUGGACAGUGAGGAUAAUUCAGCAUCUGAAAAUGAAUUAUUUAUUCAAGAAGAGCAAGACAGACAGGACACAGCAGAUCCUGAUAAUGUCCCUGAUGACAUACAUGUCUAUGAGAAAAUUAAUUCAAAUCAGGAUGCUGAUGAAAUAGACAGAAAAGAACAAUUUAUAACAAAUGAAUUAGACGUGAAACAAAAGAAUGCAUCCUCUGAGUAUAUACAAGAAACUGAACAGGAUCAGGCAGAUGAGAUAGAUAGAAAAGAACAUUUUCUAACAAGUGAAAGAGAAGUAAGCCCAGCUCCCAUAAACUCUCAGAAUCUGUCAAAAACAGACACUGAUGAGACAAUAUCAAAAGAUAAAGUAUGUGAAAGACAAGAGAAAGUUCAAGAAAAUAAAGAAGAUAAAUUAACAGAGAUUGAUGAAAUUCCGUUAGUACAGCCUAAUACAGAUUCAUCUAAAAAUUCUGAAGACAGCUCUGAUGAUGAUUUUGAAAUUAUACAAACUGCUGAUGCAUUACUAUCUACAGAAGAUGCUUGCAACUAUGAAACCUCUGUCCAUGAACUAUCUCAUGCUUAUGGCGAAGAAGUGACAGAAUCAAAUGAAAUAAACAGCAGUGAUUCAGAGCAGUCAGUGUUGUUCAGACUACAAACUCUGUAUUAUGUUGAUAGACAUGGAAACAGACUUCUAACAAAGGCUCCUCUAGAACAAGCUGCAGAUGGUUCAAAUAACAUUAAAGAGGAAACAUCUGACAACAGUGAGGAAGACUUUGUAAACCUAGAUGACAUUGAUGUCAUAAUGGAAAAGGACACAGUCCACAAUGAGGAGAAUACAGAAGACUUGGACUUUGAAAGUGAGCAAAUUCAAAGUGAUCUGUCAUCUUCCCUGCUCUUACAAAAAAGUUUUGAUGAAAGGCUUGCUGAUGAAGUAGCUGAGAAUAUAGUCAAUGAAGUAUUGGCUAUUCAAGAGCAGGAAUGCAGAGCUCAUCAUCAGCGCCAGCUCAGUUUAGAUGAUACUGAGGGUACAGAAGCAGCCACUGUUGGGGAGCAAUUGCCAGAACAUUCUAUCUCCUCAAACAUAGAAUAUGAUACCAAUCAAGUGAGUGAAACAACUACUUGUGACACAACUAUCCCAGUGGGACUAAACCAGGAGAUAAAGGUUGACUUAACAGAAACAUCUUUAAUAAGUGAACAAGAUCACUUAGAACAAGUCACACAUGUGAAUGAACCAUCACUAGAUGAAACCCAUGCUGUUCUGACUGAAUCAUCUGAAGACACACAAGAACUCACAUUACAAGAUACUGAUGAAAAACCUGGUCAAUCAGAUUUUGUUGACACUAAUGAUGUCUCUAACAUCAAAACACCAUCAUCAGAACAAUGUAGAGAAAAUUCCAUUGAAAUGGAAGUAUCAGAAAAAACUUUUUCAAAACCAAGUAAUCUGUCUUUGAACCUUACAGAUCAAAUGCAAGAAUCUGAUUACACUGUAUCUGAAAAUAAUGUUGAUGGUACUGACUGGGAGUGUCCAGACACUGAUAGGAUAAAAGAUUUGGAAUCUCCCUUAGGUCCACAAGAGUAUGAAGUUACCUCAGCAACCACAACUGAUUCAGAACUAACAUCUCCAGAUAUGACAGAUUUUAAGGCUUUUGUGGAAUCAGAUUAUGAUAACUUUGAAGAAACAUCUGAUACAAGAACUCAUGAAGCAGAAAAUGCCAACUCUGGUUUACAAAAGUCCCCUAGUGUGUCUGAGAGCAUCUCAUCAGAAACACAUCCAACUACAAAGAUUGAAGAUGAUAAUGAAGAGGAAAAUGAAGGAGAUAAUACUUUUACAGAUGAUGAAGAAAAUGAACAUUUUGAUGAUGAUGAAUGUUUGGACUCUGAAUUUGAAACUCCUCAGUAUCAUGAGCAGCUGAGGAAUGAAGUGGCUUCAGCAAUAUCUAAGGAAAUUGUUUUAAUGGCAGAGGUAGAAGUCGCAAUGGAAGAUUUGACAAAUCCCAAAGAAUCACCAAUCAGCCCCAUUGAUGAAAGCAUGUGUUAUGAAGCAUUUGCUAAAUAUCAAUCAAGCGGCUCUAAAAAUGAAUCUGUUCUCACUUCAGUGGAAGAAAUGCCAUACGAAUCUAUAACUAGUGAAGAUGUGCAGGAAGAUUUAAAACAACCUGACUCACUUUACUCAGAAGACAAUGACACAUUUGAUGACCAAUCAUUAUAUUUGAAAGCUGACAAUUUUCAAGAAAAUACUAAAGAGCCUGGAGAAGAUCCACAUGAAAUAACAUCCAAGAAAAGAAUCCCCUCUCUAUAUGAAAGGUCAAUGUCUGCUCAAUUGUCUAGAACUUACAGUGAUGACCCCAGCAAAUGGGAAAAUAAGUUUGACCCAGAAGAUGACCUUUUUAUUGAAGAAAUACUCCAAGAAUUUUCAAAUGAAUCAGAGAAACUUGCAGCAGCUUUAGAAGUUGAGAAAACAAAAGAGAUGGAUGGUCUAGUAACUGAGAGUUUUAUUCAUGAGGAAUCUGAGCUGCUUGCACAAGAGAAGGGUGAGCAACAACAAUCAGGUGAAGAACAUUCAGAGGAUGGAGACAAUAAAAUUGAGAUACAUGUACAUGAGGAUAGUGAGCAACAACAAGCAAGUGAAGAACAUUCAGAGGAUGAAGAAGAUCCACAAACAGAGGCACAGUCUGUUGAAUGUCUAGAAGCUGCUGCUUCAUUAAACACUGCUGAUGAUACUAACAAUCAGAAGCCAAAAAUAUCAAAAUCAAAAAGAAGACGGCUCCAAAGAAGGAGAAGAAAGUUAGCAAUGGAAGCAAGUGACAGUGCAGACUAUGGCGCCACUUCUGAUGCACAAGACAUCAAAUCAGAAGGGGAUGAUAUAUCUGUGCUGGAGAAAGCUUUGAAUGAUGCUUAUGCCAAGGUUGAGAAUAUUGAAAGAAAGAAGAAGAAGACAAAGAAACUCAUGAAGCAUCAGUUUUCUGGUAGCACAGACUCUGAACAAGACAGCCAAGGGGCAGAUUUUGAAAUGUUGGUGGAUCCUAAGCAAUUGUAUCAAGAAGAGGAUGCUGACAGUGAAAGUGAUGUUCAAUCUAGAAGGCAACAUAGAAAAAAGAAAAGAAAUGCUGCUGAAAGCCAACCCUCAGAAAAGACAAAACAAAGAGAAAUAGGCUCAGAAUUUACCACAAUACCAGUUUUUGACUUACCAAUGCAGUAUGAUAAAAACCAAGAAUCAAAAAGCAGUUCUUUACCUGCUGUUCCUUCAGUUCAGAUUACAGUUGAUGAUGUGGAUGAAGAUGAGCAAACAGAUGUUCAUUCAAGUGUGAAAGCUGAAGAAAACCAGCAGCAAUCUAGUGCACAUGGACUGCUGCUUGCUUCAGGAUCACAAAGAGCACGUUCUAGGUCAAGGUCACCUGCACCACCAAGCUUGAGAAAGAUCACCGGACAACCAUUAAGACGUAGACCAAGAAAAAAUAUAGUCGUAGUUUCAAACCCUCAUCCUUUCUGAUUAAUGAAAACUACUUACCCCUUUAAAGAUUAUUUAUUUUUAUAAAACAAAACAAAGAAAAGAAACUAUCCAAAAGAAAUUCUAAGAAACAGCAUAUAAUACCAAAGGUUGAUAUCAAUAUUUUAAUGCAACAAUGCAUGAAUAAUUAUUUUAAGAUUAUAAACAAAUAUUUAUAUUAGAUAAUGUAGAUUGUUUUACUCAUAUUAUGCAGAGCUUGUUGUCAGUUUUUGUAAUCAUAGUGUUUAAAAAACAAUUUCCAGUUUUUAUGUUGAAAAAUUAUCAUUAGAAGCUUUAAAAAAAAUCACUUGCAACUUGUAAAAUAAUAACUUGGGAAUUAAGUUUUAAAUGAUGUGCUGAGUGUUAUUUUAAAUUUAGAAAAGUGUUUAUUUAUUUGUUCACUUCACAUGUGUGCUUUUGAAAAAGAGUGGAAAUUGUUUGCUUAGAAGCUUAUAGUCAGAAUUUUUUUUACAAAUAUGAUGAUGUUUUAACCUAUUAUUUGUAUAUAUUUGAUUUCCCAAGUUACAAAUGUAGAAAAUUAAUAAUGUGUCUGUUUCAAUUUUUUUUCUUCUCAUUUUCGUGCAAGGAAAGGGGAAAUUAUUUUUAAAAUUAAGAAAGAUGUAAAUUUUUAUUAGAAAAUUAAAGCGGUCGCACCUUAAAAUCCUUUUACCAUGUUGUGCCUGUGGGUCACGAUCCUAUGAAUUAAAUCUGCGACCAACUUUUACAUUCAAUGUUAACUAGACAUUUGUAAUAUAAACAUUGUGUGCUGUGAGAGCUUUUGGCUGCUUAUACCUCUAAUUUCUCUUGUUCAUUAAUAUAUAAACUAGAUCUAUGACAUUUUUAAGUCCUCAGUUGUGAAUAGAUAAAAAAUAUUUCAAAUAUUUUUAAACCCAUUACACAAUCAUUAAAAACAUUUAAACUUGCAUUUACAAUAAUCAUGAAACCCUUCACAGCAUUUUAUUAUUUAAACUAUUUAUUUGUUUACAAAUUUUAAAAUAUUUCAUGAUUAUAAUUGUUGAACAUAAUAUUAUGAACUAAAAUAAAAUUAUUUUUUGUACUGAUAGAAAAAAAUUCUAUUUAACAUAAUAUACACAUGUUUGAAAUUCUAUUUGCUAACAAGAAAUAAAUAUGCACAAAUAAACUAAC